UUUUUUUAUUUUACUGAAGUCUUGCAUAGAAUAUAGAGCAUAUAAAGUGUAAUGAAGUCCUCUAAAACCAAUAAGGAAGUUGUAUUGUAGACUCUUCUUCCAGGUGUGUCUCUGUCUGUUUCCCCCCUCAGGGCUACACCUCCUCCACCUCCCUCUGUCUGUCCUCCUGCUUCCCCAGUCUUUACCCCAGUGGGUUCUCUCCACAUCCAAACCAGAUGAGCCAGUCCCACAAGACACACAUGCACUCCACCCACAUCUGACAAGAGUCUCCCCCAACCCUCUCAUCCACCAUCCCACCCACGCUCUCACACGGUGAUGUCACCUUGUCUCGCACCCUGAAACAGGCGUCACAGUUCAGCGGCGGGGCUUGUACGCUGAGGAUGAGUAUAGGUGGCCGGGACUUAAGUAACUGACCCCUGUGGCUACCUGUUUGCUUGACUGUGUGUUUGUCAUGUUAACAAGGGGUUUCAGGUUUCCACAUGGCAACACGGUGACAAGAAGAAGCCACUCCCCCUCGCAGAAAAACAGCUGAAUCUCUUCAGAUUUGCCAGGUCACCUUUCCAGGACUGGACUGCUCAGUGGCUUCUCCAAACACCCUUUUUUCUAAAUCUCAUUUUUUACCCUUCUUUUUAAGUAUACUGCAGGCUGUUACAUUGACAUUUCUGUCCCGCCUUUUGGCUUGUUGAUGAUGAUGUUUCUCAACCCAGGGGUUCCCCUCCUUAGGGAGUGUGGAAUGACCGCACCUGACCCUCGCAAAGGAGGUUAAAAGAUAAGAGAAAAAGAAAUCUGUUAGACACUCAGUGCAGCUCAAGUAAGGAGUUCAGUACUGAACAUGCUAAAAAGCAGCUGUCUGGAACGUGAGGAGAACAUCUUGCACUGGAAUGGUGUGGCUAACUCCUAACAACACUAUGAGAGGUGGGAGGAGAGGCUGGCUCCCAUACAGAGGGUGGGACUCUGGGACCAUGGAGCUUCAUUCACUCUGCUGAACACACACACACACACACAUACGCACACACACACAUGCUCCUCAGUGCUGUUCUCAGGCUGAGAGAAAAGAGGGGAGCAGUGGAGAGGACAGCACGCUCGCUGAGUAAGUUCUUUGCAGUUGUGUUGUGUGUGUUUGACCAUUUUACUGCAAAAAUGUUGUGUGUGUUUGACAACUCAUAAAGAUGUUGCAUGCGUUCAUCUGCAUUUUUAUUCGUGCCUUUACAGAGCGGAGCCUUUGCUUCUUUUUUCUCCUGCUGCUCCUUUUAUUGAAUUGAGCUUUCUUUUCUCUAACUCACCCAUACACUCUUUUCUGCUGAUGUGAACCACAUGUCACAGAUGCACGCACACACACAUACACAUACACACUCACUAACAAACACAGACGAAUACAAAAAGGCUGCAGAGUUCCAGCUUCCCUCCUUGGGGCUUCUCCUCUACGUAUACAAAAAGUAAAACAAUAGGAAUAAAAGUAAAACAGGGGCGGAUAAGUGAGGGAAAACUUCAGAUACACGCUGCGAGAAAGCUCUUGAUACUCUGUUAAAAAAAAGAGCCUCCUCUGUUUUUAAUUUGUUGUAUUUAAUCAUUUUUGUUUUCUCAGUGUCUCAUUUGAAUUUCUCAUACUCCAGCCAAUCUUUGUAUUCAAAUGAAUCUGCUCCCUCUCUUGCUUCCUCAUGCCCUCAUAUAGUCCCACUGGCUUUUAUUUUGACACUCUUUCUCAUUUUCCAUCCCUCUCUUUCUCUGUUUCUCAUCCUGCUGAUCUCAUUGUUGUCUCAGGUGGUGACAGACAGGAAAAACAGAGACACUGAAGCGAGGCCAGAGGGAGAAAGAGGGGUACAUCAAACCCUGGAGAGCAGGGAAGGUUCAGAUCCUGGGUUUUGUACCCUGACAGUAGAGACACUGAUCCUGGUGCAGGUACCACCAGGACUUAGAUCCCAGGACCGACCUCCAAGAUGUCCCGGAGGAGGUCUACAGGGGACCUGGUGCCGAAGGACAUCACUGAGAUAUUAGCCCGGGAGGCCAGGGUUCAGCGUGGGCAGAAGAAGUCAGGAAGCUCUCUGGGACAUGCCUUCAGCUGGUUUAAAGGGAGCAGGAAGAAGAAGAACAUCGGGAGUGGGCUGAACCGAGCUGUUAUUGGGGUGACAGAUGUGAAACCGGCACUUCAGAACCAUGAACCUGCAAAAGGUGAGUGUGUCAAGGCAAUGGGCUAAACUGAAAGUUCUGAUGUGGCGUUGAUUCCUCUACACAAGUUGGAAAACACUAAAAGUUUUAGCUCUAGUAUCACCAAAUGGCUCAAAAAUGUUGAAGGCUUUGAACGUGUUAAAUAUUCUUCGAUCCUUUCAGCCUGUUGUGAAAUUGACUGAUUGGUUCAUUCUGAAGCCUCUAUAUGACCCUAAAAUACAAUCAAAUCCAUGUUUGGUCUCUGUGCUGCAUUAUCAGUUUGAUCACAUCAACAAUCAUCAAAGUAGGAUAUGUAGUAAAGCUGUCGCCAAUGCCAAGAACCCUAAAAGAAUUCCCGCCAAAUUUUCACUAGUUUGUUAUUUUGGCCAUAUGGACCACAAUGUUUUGGUUCACUUUCACUUUUCUCAUAAACCUUAUGUGUUUGCAACAGCAGGCAGCUGUUUUCAAGAAAGCAAAAAAGCAAAAGUUGAGCAAGAUGUCCUAUACCGAACAACAAAAACAAAAAAAUUAGUCUCAUCUGGCUAACAUUUAGUGUAAAAAACUGCAUAAGUUCAUUAAGAAUUUUUGGAGUCCAACAACAUUGAAAGGGGAAAAGGAACUCACACAUGCCAGGUGCUCAUUGCUCAACUGCAGAUUACGAAAAACAAUUGUGUUUUGAGGUUGUUUCUUCACUUUGUUGUUGUUCUCAAAGUGAACCAAUGGCAGAUGUUUCUGUGUGAGGAGUACACUGUACACUUGAGUUCUGUCAUGAUGGGUUUUUCUGGUUCAGUUUUAGUUUUGAUGAGGAUUUGAGUUUUUCGUCAGACAUGUUUUGCUGCUGUGGUGGAUCUCUCUGAUGUUUCAGUUUUGUUUUGUCUUUCAUGGUUGCAGGAGGUUUAAUCACAGUGUUUGGGAGGAAUUUGUUGACUUUUGGAUUAAGAUGGAAAGGUAACGCUGGUUCUAGUAUCAUCAGAACAUCAGUCUGGACUUUCAUACGUCAGUGAAAGUGUAACAAACACCAACACACAGACGGUCACAGAGGUCUAAUCCCUCUUUCUGUUUACUGAUGCAUUUUCUGGGUCGGCAGCUCGGAGAUUACCCACAGUCCCCAUUUCCUGUUUUUGUUCCACCUCUAAAGCCAUCCCAUUCUCUGCUGUCAUAAUGUGUGUGUGUUUGAGUGUGUUACUGUAGUUACUAUUGAAAACAUUAAGAAAUCCAGAUUCACAGUCCUUGUGAACUUUUUUGCUCUUUUGUGGUUUUGUGCCUUAAAGGGACUUCUUAUUGUUAUUCUUUACAUUGAGGUUUUGGAGGGUCCAUGGAGAUCCAUGAAUACUGGAUUGGUAACAAUCACUGGGGUCAGCUACUUGAUUUAAAACAAAGAUUAGGGCCAAUAUUUUCCUGGUAGAGCAUGUGGUCAGAGGCAGAUUGUAAAAUGUGUGGGAACCAUGUGAUUCUUUUGGCAUUUUGUCUUAGUGGUAAAUACUGUAGAUCUUCACUGCUGCAAGUAUGCUGAACACAGAAGCACAGACCAGUUAGGGUUAGGGUUGGUUAAAUGGUGUUUCUCCCUCAUUAGGUAAUAAUAACAGAUUUAGAGAAAAAUAUGGAUGUACAUGAAAUAAACAAGCCUUGUGGAGAACUGGUUUCAUUGAAAAAACUAGCAUGAGUUACUGGAAAAUGAGUCGUACCAGUGGGUUUAUCCAUACCUCACAGCUACCAGUGCCCCUGUGGACUGAGCUUAACCACCAGAUCUAAGAAAAGCUGUGGAUUUGGUGAAGGUGGUCUUCUCACAGGGAGAUGAUUUGACUCUUUCUCCCUCUGAGCGCCUCCCUUUAAAAGAUGAUUUCUUGUAUUCAAGUGGCAUUUAUAUUCUGGAUCAUAUGGUAAUAAGAAAAAAAAAGGUAUUUUACCAGCUUUGAAACCAAUGUCACACUGCCCAAUAGCAUUGCACAGAUACUGUUUGUACCAUCAAGUCAUUUGACGUUUAUACAUCAACACCCUUGAUUGUGCAGUGCGCCUUAACCUCCAACCUGACAUAUUGGUGCCAGACAGGAGCUGCAGUUUUUAAAAUGACCUUUAGAUCUUUGUAACUGGAGUUCUUUCGGUUCACAUUACAAGUUUUGUUGUUGUUGUUUUCUGACAGCCUCUUUGGUGUGUUUUUGCAUAUUAAUAGCUCAUGUCUGUGGUUAUCGUCUCUUUAUUGUGUUCAGUUUCUAGCAAGUUUGGUUUACUUUUGUAUCAUAGAUUCUUCUGUAAAUGCAGAUGUAUGUACCAAAAGAUAAAGUUCGAUUUUGGAGAGGAAUUCAGUGAAAUCUGAAAGGCAGAAAUUCAAAGAUGUUGUUUUACUGUGUACGCAUAUAUAAGGUCUGUAGCCUGGAAGAGAAACACUCCAACCAAAAGAGCAGUUAAACUGCGCGACAAAAUAAGACGUAAGGUACUUCACCAGCACAGACUACCUCGACAGGCUCCUGCCUCUGGGGCUAAAGGGUUGUCUUGUUUUCUUAGGCACUUUGUUUCCCACAAAGAAAGUGAGGUAAGCCUGUUUUUCAGCUGGUAAAUGAUAAUCAUUAUUAUUUUGCUUUUGCUUUGGUUCAUUCAUCUUGAACCUGCUGGGUGACUUAAACGGCCUGACAAGACAAAAUAGAAGCCUGUACACUUUUCACAAACACAGACAGACUCACAGUCCUUUUUCUGAAUACAGACUCCCACUUCAUCCAUCUAUCCCAUAUUUAUCUUAAUUUUUCACAUUUGAAAACAAAAAAGACUUUAAAACUUCACAAUAUUCACUCCCACAGAAGCCAAUUUAUUCAAUACUGUCACUUUACUUUUAUUUAACAUGCUCACGACUUUCUUUAGGAUCAUUUUUGGAAGAAGUAAGGAGAAUAAGAUCAGCCUCUGUUAAAAAAAUGACUCUCUUAUUACUACAGAGUGUACUCAAAUAUGUUCUUGCAAUUAAAAAAAAAACAGUCUGAAUCUUGGCUUCAGGUCUCUUCAUGAUGUGAUGCCUCAAACAUUUCCUCAUGUAGAAAAAAAUGAUUUAUUUUUUAUGUUUUUGAAAACAUACAUCUUCAUUGCAGUUGUACUGGCUUUACAUAAGUAAUGCAUCUUGUAUCAUUCACUAAUAAAUCACAGUACAUUUUUCUGCAGCAGUCUUGCUUUGGAGUAUUUUGAUAAUGUAGAUGUAAAUCUUCACUACAUGACAAAAAACAAUCAGACCCUAUCCUCCCCCUUUCUUUUCACCAUCUUGUAGCAAUGACAUACGGCUCCUACAAUAAUAAGUCUUUGUCGGUGGGUUGGUAUGGUUAAUGUCAUCCCACUGCUUUGGAUCUGCUCGUCUGUGAUCCAGAGCCCUGCAUGCAGUCCAGCACUGACUACCAGCUAUAUUUUACAAACAUUCCUCCCUUAUAAAAGCAAAAAAAAAAAAAAGAAAAGAAACACUCUUUGAUGUGCUGAAUUCCUUAGAGCUGUGUAUUACAGCAGUACGUGUGUGUGUGUGUCAAAGUCUGUGGGCGUGCAUGUGUGCGUGCACGGCAGCCUGGAUGCCAGAUUGGGCCUAGAGUUAUGUGAUGGAGGGGAGAGAUUACAACAAAUCACAAAGCCCCAUUCAGCCUUGAGAGGACUCUUCAGGAACUCUCUCAAUGCUUUUUUAAUUAGAGUGACUUCUCAGCACACACACACACACACACACGAACACACACCUUUGUGUUUUUCUUCUAGAUUUAUCUGCCUCUGUCAUUACUGACUAUUACUGUUUUUGAUUUGCGUCUCAGAUAGCUAAUUAUUGAUUCAGCACUAGUGCGGGUGUGUUUCUUAUUAUUGUGUAAUCAGUGUGUGUUUCAAGUCGUGUAUAGGGACGCCUGCAGAGCUUUGUGUGGAUGUGUGACCGAGCGUUGCCCUGUAUCAGAGGGUAUCUCUGUGUUUGUGUGUCAGCAACAUAUUGCUAGGCUUAGGGCGGCGCCAACCCAGCGCCAGCACUCAUUACAUCACCCCAAUACACACACAAAGAAGGCCUUGUGUAGAGCCCCCGCAACUACCUGCUUUGUCCAGCAAAGCACAUCUUCGGCUGCAGGCUGGAUGAGCGGUGAGCUCAUUUCGCACAAUCCCUGGGAUUCCACAUGUGCGUCAAUGUGUGAAGUCAUUGUUUUUUCCACAUGUAUGAAGUUUUGUGUAUGUGUCUGGAUGAGAAAACAUUAUACUGUGAAAGAUCUGUUUGAGAAAGAUCCCAGCAGUUUGUCUGUCUUCACUCCUUUUUGAAUGUGUGUGUGGUUGCCACAUCACAAAAAACUCAGGGUGUGUAAAUUCGUGCUAUAUAAUGUAGAUUAGAGACCCAGCAGACUACUCGGAGAGCAAACAUCUCAUUACAUGGAGAACAUUGUAUACAGCUUAAGCUCUAUUACAGGCCACAACUCAGGGCCACCUUAAUACAGUCUGACAGGAUGAUGGCAGUGAGUGGAGAGCAAAGGAAGGCCUGAGGUAGACAGGGAGGGGUGUGAAAGUUUAAUGCAACCAUACAAUGUUCCCUGCAGGCAUCUUUCACCGCUCACACACACACUUUGACCAGUGAGGUAAUUUUACCUGGGUAAGCAGAUACCUCCAAACCCUCAUCCAUCAGGGCAGACUCAAAGCUAUGCAGGUGAGGUAAACGUCUCCCAGGCAACGGCAUUGAGAGGAGCACACUGUGGAAACACUGCUGUGGCACACUGGGGUAACAAAAGGGUCCAACCAUGAUGUGGGAGUUAAAACAUAUGAUGUCCUGAUGGUGAUGUUUAGUGGCAGGGUUUACUUAGAAGAGUAGAGGUGUGUUAAAGCAGAGCGGGGAAAUGAUGAGCAGCUGGAGAUAACAGAGAAAAAAACUUGAAAGUACAGGAAGGAAUGAGCUCUAUAAGUUACUGCUCACAUGUCUGUCCUAAUCAGAUUUACAGCUGUAGUGUAGUCUUGAUGAAAACAGUCUGUACACACACACUGAAGUUUUCUUUGUUUUACUUUCUACUGUAUAAAAUAUAGAUGUAGUCUCAGUGACAUGAUCCAAUGGUUUCUGAAGAGGCGGUUUGAAGGGAAACUGUAGUUUUAGCUGUGUUUGUUGUUCUGAUAAGCCCAUGAUGAAUGUGACAAAGACUAGUUUUUAAGGUUCUGCCCCUCUUAAACAUCAAUCACAGGGUGUUACCAAGGGGUGUGAAAUAUAUUCCAUGCCAUGGGAUAUAAAACACUCUGUCUGACUGUUGUCAGGUUAGGCUGCUAUGCAUGCCAUAGGUGUUUUUUUCCACAGUUGUAAUGGGGCGCACACACCAAGCACGAGUAAAAUCUUUUACUUGCUUGAUUUGCGCGAAUCUAGACACCUGAAUGAAUAGUAUUUACUCGCUUCAUUCGCACGUCAACUGUAAUUUCAAUGAUAAUCCCUGCCAAUUCAACCGGCGGGAUCAAGUGAUAGGUUUUUUACAACUUACCAGGUAAUUUCGACCUCCUCACUCACCUGCCUCCAGGCGAGCUCCUUUUUAUUCCAAUUUCGGUAAUUGAAAGAAAAGGUAUCACAUAAUUUGGGGCACCCACACAAUCAGUUUGUCCUCCAUUUUAGAUACCGGCGAACAACCAUCUGUUUUCAUCCGUCACUCGGCAACCUUCGCGCUGACUAGUUAGGGUAACACAAAUAUCCGCCCAAGUUGAGACAUUUUCAGCUCUCGUCCAAUGCACGUCAAAGUAGUAGGAGCAUCUAAUGCGUCUUUGCAUUGACCUAACAUGUAAUUCAUUCGCGCUGAUGAUUUUACUCACGUUUGGUGUGUAGCGACAGUAAGGGAGUUUCCUUUGAUUUUGGAGCCGGUCUAAGGUGGACAGUCCAAGAACUGCAGUUUCUAGCUCUCCUGCUUUGGCUUCAUUGUUCAACAGGGGCAGCUGCUGCUCGGAUGUUACCACAUUUGUUUGUAGUUAUAACCCCUUAUAAUAAUAUGGUUGCCAUGAUGCCUGUAGAUGAUAGAGCAUUAUGUAAUAGUAUUUUUAACCAUGUACUUUUUAAUGAGUCAUGCAGAAUCUUUGUUAUAUCAAUAACAUAUACUUUACAAACAGAUGAAAGGGCUUGUUAAAGUUACUUGCACUCAAUAUGCAAAGUGUCAUUGUUUAUGGAAUAAGAAAUAAGAGCCAGAGAGUUGUUUUACGAGAUGUGUGUUUGAUGUGGUGGGGAAGCAGCUGGAAGACAUCAGUGUGGGGCUGAUGGAGAUGGAGUCUGUAUACACAGGGAUAUACAACUGAUUUAACCUCUGGAUUGAAGGUGUGUAUGUGUGUGUGUGAGUGAUUCCUGUUAUGUAAGUUGUAACAGACACACCUGUUAGAAAGAGAGUUUGCCUGAUCCAGCUGUACACCCUCUCUUUCUGAGAAUAGACGAUGGCAAUUCAGGCGGUCUUGAGAAAAGUGGAAUUUGUUUCUGAAACAGUGUCACUUUGGUUUAAAAUAUUGGUUUCUGAUUUUAGCUGCAGUGCUUCAAGCGGAUUACAAACUGAAAAACUAUUUGUGCUACAUAAGCUCUAACUUGCAUAUUUAUUUUUAGUGUGGUGCAGUUUCCCCCUUGAGAGCUGUUCAGUAAUUUAUUCUUGGUUUAUUCAUGCAUUAGGACACCACUGAUAAGAAAAGAAAGCAGCAGUCUCUAGAUACAUUUAGGCAUUUAGAAACUUCACUGUAACUUUCAUUAGAUUGUCUUUUCAGUUUUUGGACUAGUGGGGCACAUUUCCCCUCAACUUUGACUAUGUACAUGUACUUAGUUGCAAACCAGAAAUUUGGCAACUCUCAAAUUCCUGCAAGAUUUGGGUGUGACUGUUGGAUUCUUGUCGGUUUGGGAAAAUUACAGACAGAAACACUUUGACUGUAUUUUUAGCAGUUUAUAUAAACGUUUGUUUUCAUUUCUCUUCAUAAGAAAUCUGCUGAUACUAUACAAGAAAGUAAAGAUGCAGAGAUGGUUUUCUACUAUCCUAAUAUGUUUGAUGGAACUGCCUCAGCACCUUUACUUUUUGUCCCAUGAGAAGAUUAUUGAGCCACAGAGACCUUACAAGAGUUACAUUGAACUUUUCCCAAAAUUAAGUUGAAAAUGUGUCUGAAUUAACGGUACAGUAUGCAGUAUUUAGCAGCAUUUAGCAGAACAAACUUGUUAGAAAUGGAAAAAAGUGAGUCAUCCUUACUAUGAGUGUGUCUUGGAGUGUGUCCCAAUCUCACAUCAGCAUGUUUCUAUGCUAGGCUUUGAACAAAUGCAUUUUUGUAUUUUGUAUUUACUGGAAAACAAAGAAGAAGAGGAAGAAGAAGAGUGUGGCUGUCUGCAAUAGAGUUUACACAAAUAAAAGUUUUUGAUGUUAAAAACUUGACAAAUGAGGAUAAUUUUUAUAUCAAUCUGAUAAAUUUGGGUGACCAUACGUCCUCUUUUACCCAGACAUGUCCUCUUUUUGGGGGCUGUCUGGGCUGUCCAGGUUUGUCUGGCUUUGUCCAGGGAAGUUUAUAAACUCCUUCAGAUGUCGGCGGUUUUGUACGUUAGUUUCAAUGUUGUGUCACGUGGACUUACUGAGCUAGAAGCGCGUAAAAGACACUCGAUCCAACCCACAAAACUCUAAAAAUUAACUUUGUGCAACUCCGUGACUCCGCGCCCACGUAGUCGUGUCAGCUUUUUGGGAAGUCAGAAUAUGGUCACCCUAGAUAAAUGUGACUGAAUUCAUUUCAGACAGAUAAAAACAACCUGAGCAUAAAGUCUAAUCACAUUCUAGCAGCACUGUCAGAUUAACAGUGUGUGUUUAAACUAUAGAUUGGCUUUUAAGGGAGUUUUGCCUUUAUUAGAUGGAACAUCUAGAGAGACAGGAAAUAUGGGAAGUAGGGAGUGGGAGAAGACAUAUAGGGAGUUGAAUCAGUGACCUCUGUGACAAGCCUCAGGACAGGGGAACAUCUGUUUCAGCUGCCAUGCCAACCUGCACUAAAACCAGUUCUUUUUACUCAUGCAAACUGGAUUGACCAUCAGCUGAGUUGAAGGAAACAGGUUGUUGACAAGUAAACAGCCGUUAUGUGAGUGAACUCAAUAUCAUUACUUUGGACUGGAGUGAAAGAGAAGAGUCAAACGAGCGAACAGGAUACAGACAAGUUGAAUGAAUAGACUUCUGGUCACCUCUUCAAGUUGUUAUGGUUGCAUCAUUGAGCCUCUAAGACAUUAAUGUUAAAGGCAAGACAUAAUAGGAAUAUGAUUAUUCUGCCUGGAACUGGCGAAACUAAAAGGGUUGAUGUGACUUUACGGUCUGAAAGCCUUUUUUUUGUGCUGGCAGUGCACUGCCACAAGAUGGGAGUGGUGGGCAGAUGUUGGCAGGUACACUGGAUGCUAAAAGUAAACUGAUAGUAAGUCUACUGAGGAGAAUAGACACCAGCCAUGCUAAAUAGGUCAAUCUUUAAGGGCUGCAGCUUCAGGUAUCUCAUUCUGAAAUGUCUUCAAACACGACCACCAGCCUCAAAGCCUUCUGGUCUUGAGUACACACCAAUAAAGAUACUCCCAGAAAUAGAAAGGUGGGUUCUCCUAUACUGCCUAGAGGCUCCUAUGAUGGUCACCCUGACAACCACCUCCCCUGAUGACUACCCCUUGACAACAGCGUUCCUCUACACAAACGUCCUUUAAUGUCUCUCUGACUUGUGCGCUCUCCUUUGAGUUUCCCACGGCUGUCACAUCCAAACAUCGCUCCUGACACUGUCACACACUUUGAUCACACUCGUAUUUGAACGUAUCUGGGGCAUGUUUAGCACGAUGUACUGCAGCUCAAAGGUAAAGGCAGGGAGCAGAACAUCCAAUACACACACACACAUUCACUAAGUGCACUCUCAUAGCUUUAUGACAAAUGAGGUGUCGAGCUCUGAGGACUCUGCUGGAGUAAAUGGACUGGGUGUGGUUCUGGUAGGGCUGCAUUAAGAGGCAGCAUCUCUCUAUGAGCAUUUUAUUGCAGAUCAUUUUACACUCCUCGAUUUAGGAAUGGGUGAUAUCAUCUCCUCCUACCUUCAUCCUUUUAUCUAUAGAUACACUUAUAUAUAAUUUAUGGCAUACAUUUAAUCCCUAUAUGGAUAUUCACCCAGCCAAAAAAAAUCAAUUCUUCCUCUUAAGGAACAAGAGAUUGUAAAUUCUCCCCCAUGACUCCUCUCAGUAAAUCUGCUUUUUAUGGGAGGGUCUUUAUCUUACAGCAGGCCACAAACCAAAGAGGUGGGGGGGGUGCAGGGGUUGGAGGACACGUGAUCACUGUGAUCACAAUCAAGAGUGUGUGGUUUCACUUUCUUGUGUCAUAAUCAUCACAACCUUUUCCUUUUCCACCAUUUUGUUCCUGCAAGUAUCACCAACAGCACACUGGUGCUUCUAUCGUGUCGUUUCUCUUCUGCGAGCUGCUCUAUGACCUAGUUUUACACAAAAGGACCGCUAUCGAUCGGCAGGCUCCUCAAGUGACGUCGCUGUCGUUUAGUGACGGAAGAGUUUGUCAUUAUGUGGUUGUUGGACCUGUUAAGUCAUGAUCAAACUCAGAGACGAUCUAAUAUUGUAGACAUGGGAGCUGGAAACAGAAGGAAUGAGACGUCUUUGUCUCUAUAUUCAUCUUCUUGUGCUUGAUGAAUGUUAUCUCACAACUGUAUUAGUAGUGAAACAAAUUUCAACAAUGCUGCUCCUUCUGGAAUCCCCCAUCAUCUCUACAUGCCUCUGUGACUCACCCAUCUGGAUCAGCAUCUGUAUUUUCUCGAAGCAUAGCUUGGUUUGAUCUGUCCGCCUUGCACAUACAUACACUCCUCUUUCGAAUGUUUCUCUAUGUCAUGGUGCAUACCUAGGUUUAACUGUGUGUGUGUGUGGGUGGGUGCAUGAGUGUGCAAGAAGAGGAAUUUCAAAAGGUGUAAGACAGGAGAGCUGCACCUCUGAGGAUCACUUGAAUAAUUGAGCAUCUCUCUCUCUUGUUUGAAGUUUCUCUUUUUUCUUAUCUAUAGGCAGAAACACAGCUGCUCUGUGUCCCAUCAGCUGCUCGCUCUCUCUCUCUCUCUCUCUCUCUCUCUCUCUCUCUCUCUCUCUCUCUCUCUCUCUCUCUCUCUCUCUCUCUCUCUCUAUGUCCACUGUCACUGCAUUGUGUUGACAUAAUCUGUCUGCAGUUGUUCUGAUGGUUUUCUUCUUCUUCUUCUUCUCUCUUUAAAAUGAAAUUGGGACAGAUGCACAACUGAAGAGCAGCAUGUCUUUGUGAAGGUGUGUGAAUCACCGAAUGAUCACAUUUGUGCGUCUGUGUGUUUGCUGUGUGAACGCUCAGCUCUUGAACUCGACGCUCACAGGGAGAGAAAGUGGGAGGGGCACUUGCACACACAGUCACACACAUCCACACACACACAUCCACACACACACACUUGGUAGUGAGCUUGUCAGUAUUGGAUGCUGCCGAUGCUUCAGCAGCUGGAUGUGAGGGAGUGGGAGCGUGUCAGCGUGGAAAAUAGGACACAUUUGAGUGUUUGUGUUUUAUUUUUGCAUCCUGGAUCUGUGUGAGCGUGUUUGAUUAUAAGAGUGUGUUUGUUUCAAGGGAAUGGUGUCAGUGGGUCUGUAGCACACACAAACACUCUACUGUGGUUGGUGUGUCGGCGGGACUGAAUCAGCAGGAAUAACUUGACCACACGGAUUACAGGUUAUUGACUUUGACUCAGUGUGUAUUUUUAUGCGGGUAAAGCGAGGGACUGUGGGAAGGUCUCGGAAGAUUUACUGAUGUAAUAUAACAGAGGAACAACAUGUAAGACCCUCUGUAGGGGCUUCAAGGCUGCCCCAAAAUGGGGAACAGCGUCCAGAAGAAGAAGAAGGUCCAGGCAGAGAAAAACUUCUCUCCAUCACACUCUCCAAACCUGAACCGGGAAAAACCUAAAAGCUUGUGGUUGUUUGGACGACAAGACAAACUGAAACCAGGUAAGAGGAGUGAGAUGUUUGGAAAUCAAACCUUAUAAAGAGUUAAAAAGACUGAGUGAUGGAGUGGAGAGUAGCUUUGUCUUUUCAUCUUUAAAAUCAGCCUCGUUUUAAUGAUCAUUGUUCGACUUUGGAGCUGAUUUAUGUCGUUUACCGUGUCUGCCAUUGUGUGUGUGGUCACCUGUGUAAUGAAAGCCUACAGUAAGCUCUUUAGAUGCAGAGUGACAAUAUUCCCAUGCUGACUUUACCGUAGUCAGCUUCAAGGAUUCCUGCUUAUUGCACAAGUGUGCAGGAGAGGGCUGUGUGUGGGCAAGAGUGUUUUUGUUCCAGUGAUUUGUUUCUCCCACUGACAGGAUGACAGAGGUCUUUAAUUGAAGGCUGACUCUGACUUUGCUUAUUGCCCCUAAACCCCCAUGCACCCCGUUACCACGCUGACUGAAUGGGUGUGCUGUCUGGGAUAGGACGGGGACUGACUUUCUGAUCCUGUGAGUUGUUUUUUUCCAGACCACUAUACCUGCAGUGGAAACAAAGUUUAGCAUGUCUCGCACUGAUCAUUGUCUCUGUUAACAGCCCCUGAAGCAACAAAAAGCACCAGACAAACAGGUUUAACACAAACUCACUCUGACACAGACAGAUUGCCACUGAGAUUUGUCAGAGACAACAUUGUUGAUGACAUUUUCUUUUUCUCAGGUGUCGCUUUUUCUGUCAUGUUUUUAUGUUUUAUAGUCCGACAGAUGUCUAUUUUUGUUCCAUCAGUGUUUAGCGUGUAGACGUCCCGCCCUUCUUUGCCUCUUGGACGGGGAACUUUGUGUUCCUAGAAAAGUGUGUAUCAAGUCUUACGCUAAGUCAGGAACAUCCGGAUCCAGAAAAUGAUCACUGGACUGACCAGUUCCCUCCAGUUUUCAUCUUUUAACAUAUCUUAAAUUAUUUUUGUUUUUGUUUUUUUCAGACUAGUCUCUUUUCCAGUCAUAGCACGCAUCUAUUUUUAACCAACACUCUGAAAAACUUCACUGAUCACUGUGAUUAUUCAAGCUAACAAAUGUUGCGUUGACAGUUUUUGCAAGGGUGGCACAUAUUUGUUAAUUAUUCUGGCAAAAGAUAAUUGAGCAGUAAAAUAUGAAUGAACUAUUGUUUGCCUGAACCGCCUCUUUGCUGAUAAACCAUCUGAGAUAAAUAAUUGAGGCAUUUGAAGACAAUGUUGGUGUUACUCUCUUUUUUGUUUUUUAAUGUUGGCUCGUUCUGGGUGACUUCAUUAAAAUCUGAAGUAGUCUGUUAGUUUGGCACUAAGUAAUUAAAGGGGAACAAUAGUUUUUCAUCCCAGAGGCUAAAUCAGUGUGGCAAAGAAUUUGACAAAAAUACUCCCAACCCUGCAGCAAAAGUUUUAGGAUUGCUUCAAGCUUCUGGCUCAAUAAACAUUUCUUUUGAAAACUACAUGCUGAUGGAGUAAAAUCUCACCCAGACCCCUGACGCAGAUUUGUUUUCCUUUCACAUCAGACUGCUGUCUGAAAGUUAGUUUGAGAUGGUGCUUUGGGACGUUAUUAAAUACAUGCAUCUUGUAUCAUUAGGCAGCAUGAAAUAUGACCAGCAUUAGCUGAAUCCGGCCAGAAAUAACAAGAAGACUGAGACCAAUCAAUUCUCUCCAGACAAGCUUAUUCAUGUUGGCUUUCUUGUACUGCAGCCAGAUCUAACUAGUGUUUUGUUAACUCUGUUCAUUAAUAAUUGUCUUGAUAGUUAAACCCAACUUCCUCGCAUCUUGUUUUUCAUCAGUGUGACUGAAAUUGGUCCCUAAGUUCCUGGUUUCCAUAGUAACAACUGACCUCCCUGAACUUUGUGAGUUAAUGGUAUCGGAGUACGCAUUAGAUGUUUGUUAAACAAGACAGGGCGGUUUAGGAAUCGUCUUCAUCAGAACACAAUACACUUGGGUGUGUUAGGUGGAUUUUGGUGGUUGUAUAUAUAAUCAAAGUGUGCAUAUACAAAUACAUCUUGAUUUCAUUUUCUCCCAGGGUGGUCGGUGGUCAGUGUGGGUGUGUGUGUGAUUAUCGUCCUCUCUCCUCCUGCAUGCGCCGCCUCAUUCAUGGCGAGUUUAUUCAGAAACUUGGGGUGUGAAUGCAUUCCGACAUUCCAGUCAAUUUCCUUACGCAUGGGCACCCAUCCAGCACCCAAACGCAUCAGCUUCAGAGAACUGCUCCAAACAUUGCUCAGUGUCUGUUUGGUUGCUUCGUUUACUUCACAAUAUGCCAAAAUGGACCAGAUUGAUCAAUGGAAACAAAGAAAAGAGCUUAUUGUGUUACAGAUAAUUGUCAUUGCACAUGUAUUGUGUGCACCUGUACUCCUCCAAAUUUGAUUUGUUCACCUGUUAACUAAAGCUAAUGAAUUGCAGCCCCAGUAAAGCAGCAGCCACACAGUGCAUGCUGUCUCUGUGCUGCAGUGUAGCAGCCCCUCUGUGUACCAGGCUGAUGAAACAUGCAGAAGAUGAACUCACAAAGUGGAUCCUCACUCUGUGCUUCUGAAAAUAUGUGUCAUGACUGUGGUUUUGGCAAUUUUUCAAAGCAGGAGCCCUGCCUGUGUCCUUCAUAAACACCUGAGAGGUUGUUUAUUUUGGUUGUACAACAAGUAACAGACUGGGAAAUGGCUGGAUGUCACACAUCGAGUGUUUGGCUUUCCUGUAUUCUUAGUCAAGGUCACCCAAGGGUGUAUUGUUUUCCUCAUGUUAUUUUUCUCUAACAAGCUUAUGAUGGAGGGUUGAGACUGUAGCUGUAUCUAUGGUGAAAAGUCACAUAUGGUGAAUAAUUAUCGUGGUCCAACAACUCUAUAAAGGACAUAACAACUCCUCAAAAGUGAAGCCAAAAUGUUUUGAGCUCCUUUUUCUAACUCGUAGCAGUAUCAGUCAUCAAGUCCACCUCCUCUGUAUUUAAUGUUGGGAUAUUGGUCAAAAAGUGGAAUCAAAAUAAAUGUAAAAGUUUUAUUAAACAUUGCUCUCUUUACAAUUACCAUAAAAUUUCCAAAAUGUAAGUUGUACUGAAACUAAUGUGUUUCAUAUGUAAGUAAACAUUAGAUUAGACCCACUUCCUGCUACCAAGCUAGACUUGUGUGAUCUCCGCUGGUCACUUGCCUCAAACUAAGGAGUCUUACUAGCAGGACACAAGAUUUAUUUAUUUUAUACCACUUUUUGAAAUGCGUGAUCACAAGCUAAUGAGUCAGAACUGCUGUUUUUUUUUUUGUGUGUGGCUCUGCUACAGUCAUCACGCUCACUUUGUAUCCAGCUUACUCUUCAAAUCUGCCGUGAGGAACAAGUUUUUUGUUGUUGGUCAGGCGACACCUGUGGACCAAAAAUAUGUCUUCUUUUUGUUAAUGUUCUGUAGAUGCCAAAGUAAAAUCACAUUAAUCAUAUAAUUGUAACCCUUUUGAAAUGGAGUAACUCACAGGGUCUGACACCUAUCUGGUGGCAGCAAUUACAAGUAUUUAAAAAGGCUGAUCAAUAGUAAUAGUCAAUCUCUUUGCUCAUAGACUGAAGUGUGUAAAAAUGGUCAUCUUAGUUUUAUCAAGCUGUCAGUUUCUAGGUUGAAACACUCCAUCGCUCACUCUUUGAGAAGUGACAGUAGCCUCUCAGGUCAAAAAGCUCGAGUCAUGCAUGAAAAAUAUGAUCCUCCAUUUGUCAAGUUGUUUGUAGAAAACGGGCACUUUCUUCUUUUCCUAUCUUCCGACCUGUGCAGUUCAAGCAGCCACUCAGUAAAUACAAAAAUACAAGUUUUUUUGUUCAUUUCUACCAUGGAAAAUGGAAGCCUCCUAAGAAGAGGACCUCUGGUAAAGAGCCAAUUUUAUUUCCACUGGUCUACAUCAUGCCUACAGUUCAAUCACGUCUCCAGCUCAUUAAUUCAAGUAUCAUGUAUUAAAGACCCUGUUCACACAGCAUGGUAACGACAGAUUUGUCACAACAUCAGUCCACCAUGCAGGCUGCUUCGUGUAAAGACACACAGACAUAAUGGGGUUAUGAUGUCGUUUCAUGGUUAAGCCUGAAAGAAACAGAAGAAACAGAGCCGGUUUGAAGCCUGUGUAAAUGCGGGGGGCAGCACAGAGCUGAGUGAAUGUGAGUAUGUGUGUGUAAGGAAGGCGCUGAUGUUUACACGUCAAGCAUCAUUUUGCUCCCAGAACUUUUGCAUGCUGUUUAAAAAGAAAAAAACACGAGGCAGCGAAGCACAGGGACAUUUUCAUCAUGCAUUAAAAAAUCCAAACUACAAAAAAGAGACAAAGCUUCGUGAUGCCCUACUGUUGAAGAACGUUUGGUUGUGUUCUUGAACUUCUGAGUGACACAAUAUGUAUGAAGAAUUAAGAUGUUGCCAGCUGAGCUCCAAAGUUACAAAGACUCCUUUUCAUCUAACCAGAUGAGCAGGAGGGCAGUGACAGAUAACAUAAGCUCACUAUUGACUCACAUUAUUACAUCCACAGGUGGUUGGCUCUUAGAUACACACAAAGAAACUCUUUGAAACUCUGUCCUGUCAGCUUUUUCAACCUUGAGCUCCUUUAGAAGUUUUUGAAACAGCUGAUUUUCCCCCAGAUGUUUCCUAUCACUGCCUCAUAACCGUCCGCUCUGCAGGGAAUGACAAACACAGUGUGUUUCUGCACGGGUGAAGAGAUGCAUGUCGGUUUGUUCGUCUAAUGAGAGAGUUUGAUCUGAACAUGAUGUUGAAAUUUCAGGAUAUAUUGUUGACAUUACACCUCCUCAUGCUUAUUCUCUUCAGCUCAGCCCUCUACAUCCCCCUCUCCUUCCUCUCCUCUCUGCUGUUAUCUGCCUGACCUUGGAUUAUUUCCUGGUUAUUUAUCUCUCAGCAUUCCAAAGGAGGAGAUUUUUGCAUCUGUUUUGAUGUACUGUUCAUGCUCGAUGGUCGAAUAUAAAAGUGUUGUCUAAUGUUGAACACAAGGGAUCAAGAGGUGAAGUGAAAAAUGACGACAGAAUAAAGAGCUGAGAAGGUGACUCUAGUGAAUAUAAUAGAUGGAGAAGACGAGAAGAACAUGUUGUACAAAGCUGUGUAUAAUGGAGGAACAUGGCUACAAGCAGACUUCCCAGUCAUUUUCACUACAGCUGUCUUGUGCGGGGUGUGAUUUUCCAUAUCCCAUUAUCCUGCUGGGUAACGCUCGCCUAAGCCUUUUGAUUUCUGUAACCAGGGCUGAGACGCUCUCUUCUUGGUCCUCCUUUGAAGAUCCCAUUUACUGUGUGCCCCUGACUCCCCACGGAGAGCUUAGGCAAUAUACAGCUGGAUAAAGAGAAGAUGACUUUUUGUCUCAGCUAUCUUGCCCUCCUAUGCCUCACCCCAUCUCCUCCUGCAGCUCUGAUCCUCAUACUUUCAGUCACUGUUACCCACUGUGCAUCUGACUGCUGUCCUCUGCUUUCUAUGUAUGCAAGCUAAGUCUUCAUUCUAGUACAACAGCAAUUUCCCAAACUUUUGUGCUGUAUUUCUUUCAUAGACUGUAUAUAGAAUGGACAGAGUCUGCCUCCUCGCUGGGUGAAGCCACCCCGAGAACAGCACCCUCUAUUGAUGGGCUGCAGUAUAGGUCAUAAAUCCUGCCUCCUCCAGCAAUCCCUAUGGAGCUGUGGACAAACUUUAGAAAUUAAUUGCACAGUAUAUAAAUUUCUCUCCCCCCUGGUUGGGAUGUUGACAUGUAGUUACAGUAAGACUGGUUUGUGCUCAAGUCCUUUUUUUUCUGUACAGCUCCGUUUUUAAAAGUUAUUAGGGGGUUCAUGUUUUCUUUGAUUGACACUUAAUACAGCCUACGGGCGUACGAAGAUUGCGUUGCUCACCCGGGGGAUACUCUGUUUGAGCCGAGCAUCAUCACAGCAACUCUUGGAGACUCUCCUGCUGAAUGCGUACAACGCUACUGCACAAUGUUGGUUUCAGGAAAUGGAGAAAAUUUUUGGAAAUACCAAGAGCUUUUCGGCUUCAAACCCAUAUACUGGCGGAAGGCGGAACUGAGUUGUCCAUCGUAUAUACAGUCUAUGAUUUCUUUAUGCUCUUUCAAAGUUCUGCAACAAGAAACCAAGAGAGAUUAAUGUUGUUGUUUUUUAAACUCUUUUAUUAAACUCUCGCCCCGUAUUUAGUCUGUUUACCUUUUUCCUCCAUCCACAACUUUCUCAUUUCUGUCUGUGCCAGGAUAAUAAUAAGCCUUUGAUUUGUUUAGAGUAGGUGGAAAGUCCCAUCCCUCAAAAUGCCCCCUUCUUUCUUCCUGUGACGAUAUGCUCCCAUUACCUUAAUGGCACCACUGUCUAUCAAUACUCUGCCAGUUUUAAUUAGCGUCAUCUAUUUUCUAUCUAUAGCAUCAAGCUGUGGCAUGCUGCACCUAAAAUUUACUAAGGAUUUCUUUGGAAGUGAAGCCACUUACCUCCACCCUCUUUGCUGUCCUCUCAUGCCCUUUAGACUUUGUAUUUUGAAUGUUUUGGCAGCAUGCAAUUGUGGUUAGCGUACACACUUGGAUCCUAAAUGUAGCAUGGGAAAUUUUCAGCAAUCGGUUGACAUCCUCAAGGCGAUUCAAAGGAUAAUUGCUUCUAAAUUUUCUACAACCAGUUAACAAGUCCCAUGCAUGCAAAAAAUAAGCCUAAGUGGAGAGUAUUUUGCAAGUUUGCUAUACAAUUACACAAUCCAGAUUUAACUGAAGUUGCCACUGGAAAAGAAAUCCUGUUAUUCCAGCCGUGGUUAGGGACAGUGUUGGCCUCAUUACUUUUUAAAAAAAGACAAACAAACUGUGAUUAUGACCUGAAAGCAGUAAGACUUUACAACAUUUUUGCAAUAAUUUUUCACUUUGUUUCUCAGUUAGAAUUUAUAGUUUUACAUAGACAGUAAAAGUAAUAACUUGUAAUGUACAAAUGGGGUUGUUCUUAGUGGCAAACUUAGAGUUCUAUUCACCUCAUUGGAGCCUUUUUAAGUAUUUUUCAGCUCAUUUUCUUUUGUUGUCAUCAUCAAUUCAAAGGCUAAAAACACACUUUUUUAAUUAGUUGUUGUACCCGACUUUAAAAGUUAGAAAAUUAAAGCACCACAGCUACAACAUGUUUAUAUCAAUGCUUUUAUUGAAAAAAAGACAUUGGCAUUGGGGCUUGACACACCCUGGGGCCAGGAGCCAAAAUUUGGUUUCCUGAAGCUGUUCCUCCUUUAUCCAUCUCUCACUGUCAUGUGCUGACGCCAUGUCAGCACACGACUUGUCACACACAAGAAGAGCUAUUCUUCGGCGACGGUGCAGACAGUAUAAUCAUACAUUCUGUCCUUCUAAUUGAGCAGAAUGGCCAACAAAUUUCUGAGAAAUAAAAUCUUUAACAGUUGCACCUGAGUCUGGAUCCUUGUUUACCACACAGCUGUCCCUGCUCUUCUUGCGUUUGGCACUCUCUCUGGUUUGUCAGACUCUCGAUCUUGAAAGAAAGGAAAUUCCUGCAAAGAGGCAAACGUCACUCUUUAUUGACAUUCCUCUUAUCAGGCAUGACUUAUCUACCACUGAUCAAUGGAGGGGCAUUAUUUGCACUCUGACAGAUGUUGCUCAGGAAAUUUUAAGGUCACUCAGAUUGAAUAUCUGGAGCAGAUGCAACCAAAAUAAUCACAAUUUUUAAGUCUUCAACUCUAUUUAUUUUAUGUCUUGCAGGUGUUUUCAGAGCAUUUCCUGCUCCGGCACCCAACAACAGACAAAAAGUCAAUGACUGCAUUGCGAACAAUGUGGAGCAUUUAGCCCAGUGGUUCUCAAGUCCAGUCCUCGAGACCCCCCCUUCCUGCAUGUUUUGGUUUCCCUGCUCCAACACACCUGAUUCAAAUGAUCAGCUCGUUAUCAAGCCAGAGCUUGAUAACGAGCUGAUCAUUUGAAUCAGGUGUGUUGAUGUCUGGACUUGAGAACCACUGAUUUAGCCAUUAAAGACCAAGUGUCCACUUUAAGUUGAUAGAGACCAAAAUAACAGAGGUUAAAGCGAAAAAAAGGAAAAUUUCUAUUAUUUAUAUUCUGAGUGACGGACAAGUGAUUGCUUCCCUGUUUAGUGGCCUAUACUUAUUUUUAGUUCAAUAACUUGACCAUGUAAAAGCCAUGUUUCUGCAUGAAACUGAUCAGCCUCGGUGUAUCAGAGCAAUCUCCCUGUUCCCAGUAUACAAUUACCCUCAGUGUUUGCAAUGGUCUGUAAUGGGAAUCAGUCCAGUAGCUUCCUGCAUCACCACAAUAACUGAAUUAAAGCAUCAGAUCAUAUCAUUUAACAAUGCACAUACACACAGACAGACAUGCACUCCUUGCCAUUCUAAGUCGUUAUUUGAAUUCUGGUCACAGUUUGGAUUUUACCAUCUUGAUAUAGGAACCUUCUCCUGCUGACGCUGGGCUUCAUUUUCCAACAUCACUGUGUCCAAUCUGUAAUUUGAAACUUGUGACAGUCUUAAGUCAGCAUGUCCUUCCCCUGCUGACGGAGGAGUAAGCAACAUCAAAAAAAAGAUCAAACCUCCCUGAAAUUAGGUUGGAUAUCACUUAGUAUUUUUUUCCCCUGGUGUCCCAAAAGUGCACAUCGAUUUUUCUUCUGAUAGUAAAAUCUGGUUAGCUGAACUCCAAUAACUAAGUUUGGUUCUUUCUCAGAUGACUAGUGCUUAGCCAAAAACUUGACCACAUAUCUGGAACCUGAGUCCUUUGCUAGCUCUUCUAUUAUUUAACAGGUUAUAGUUUUCACAAAAUGAUGUUGAAUGAAAUACUGGGUGUCUAUGCUAACAGCAAAAUUAACACUAAUUCCUUACAGAUGCAGCAAAUAGCUUUACAACAAAAGUCUAGUUCUGCUAAAGGGGUCUGUAUGUUAACAGGAAAGAUUUAGCAUAACUAAAGGAAAGUGUGGUAACACUUUAUUUGACACUAUAUCCCUAUAACGCAUUAUAAAUAUCUGUAUAAUGCAUUACAAUCACAUUAUAGCACUGUAUAACUAUAGUUAUAAACACUCAUAAAUGAUCAUAAUGCUUUAUAGCAAUAAUCAUAACACAUUAUAAAGCAUUUUAUCAUGACUUACAAGGUCAGGUAUUAUAAUGUGUUAUAACUGUUAACAACUCACUGACAAUGCCCACAUAGAUAAUGCAAUGCAACUGUUGUUAACAGUUGUAACACAUUAUAAUACCUGACCUUGUAAGUCAUGAUAAAAUGCUUUAUAAUGUGUUUUGAUUAUUGCUAUAAAGCAUUAUGAUCAUUUAUGAGUGUUUAUAACUAUAGAUAUAUACACUACUAUAACAUGAUUAUAAGACAUUAUACAUAUAUUAAUAAUGCGUUAUAGAGAUAGGCAUCAAAUAAAGUGUUACUGAAAUGGUCUAACAGGUGUUUUUCUCCAAUAGUAGCGAAGAGUGCAGCUUAGACCUGCUCAUUUUUUGAAGAGAUCGGGGAUAACUCUUGAUACGAAUUUUAAAGCAUCAUUUUUCUUGCUUUUAUUUGCACGUGCAAAGGAGCAACUAGUAGUAGCUAAACUUGGAAUUACGAUCUCCACUCUCUGUUUAUUAUUUCUAGAUAAAUAAGAACCCAAUAAAUGUGACAAAAUAUAUCAGCUUAUCAAUCAAUUUUGGUGACACAAGCAAGCUUGAAUUAACCCCAACAACUUCAGUUAUGUCAUUGAACUGGUUGUUGAAGAGGUUGCACUUGGGAGCCAAGAAUCUGUGCCAAGCAGAUGGUGUCAGCGCCAGCCUCAGCCACCUUUUGUACUUUGGCAUUUGGCAGCAAGUUUACUCCAAACAAGCUGUCCUCUUUUCACGCAGAUUUGUGAGUAUUUUCAAACUGAUUCUGUCAAAAUGGUUUUGACUUGUUUUCCAAAGGGAAGCUUAGCUCAUUGGCCGUGCAUAAUGGGAUUUCGCUGAGGAAGAGUGACGAGGAGGAGUGUGUUUUGGGGGGGUUUAAUAAAAAGCUCACAAUUUGCAGAAUGAGAUGUUGUUUUCUGUUGGAAGGAAAUGCAUGCGCGCGUCAACACACACACACACACACACAAAACAUCAUCCUCAUUCUCUGUAUUUCUCAGCUCACAUGCAGACACUGUGAUAGUGUUUUUUGCUGACAAGCAAAGUAGUCCUCACUGCUUGUGCAUUUCUGUGUGUUGCAUCAUGUAUGGCUUGUUGACAACAGAGUGCAUCUGUUCAGGCCUAAUGUGUUCAGUGUGAUUCGGAUGACACACUGUCAGAUGAACUUAAAGUUGUCAGCCCCUCACCCCUGGCUCACUGCUCAGCUGAAGUUGUUUCAUUUUUUUAACACUCACUUUUCAGAAGCUCACUAUUGAUCAAAAGGAUUUCCAUGGUAAUAUUAUGCUGGAUACAUAAUUAUGCCUAGUCUUUUUUGUUGUUAUCCAUCUGUUUCACCCUUUUGUGGUUAAAUCAGAGGAGAUUAUACAUUGAAAAAGACAGAGAGAGACCAUGUGAAGAAAAGAACAAGGGGGCAUUGUUCAUGGACAAGUUCAUGUCUGGAAAUCUUUACCAACUUCCACAGAGGAACAGGGGAAUGUAAAUGACAUUUUGUCAGAAUGAAAGUCAAAUGCAGAUUCAUAAUCUGGGGUUAACCAGAAUGUGACAUUUUCAUUUAGUCUCAUUUUAGCGGUUGAGGAAAGGUCGAAAAGUUGAGAAUUUGAGCGGAUGUUGAAUGGGAAACAAGUUUUUUAUAAUAAAUUGUCAUCUCUAUCUCGGUGGAAGUUUAACAAUGAAAAUAGUUGCCAUGUAAAACCUGUGACAGCAGAGAUACAGAUCAUUUGGUCUUCCUAACAUCUGUCUGAGAUUUUGUGUUAGUCAAUUAGGACCACUUUCAUAAAGAUGAGGUGGAAUUGGCAACAAUAUAAGAGUUACCACUUUGUCCACGGGGGGCAUAAUGCAUCUUUUUUGUAUCUAGCUGACCUAUUGGUAGAUUAAUCCUUCUACUCACAGUUACUUUGAAAGUUUAAUGUGACAGUUGUGUUUUAAAGCAGAGACUUCUACAAUUCAAUUCUCUUUAAAUGCCUCAAACAUGGAAGCUUUCACAAAUCUUGCCCUUUCAUCUGCAGCAUCCAGGCUCAGAUGCCCUUUGAUUCAUAAAACUGCAACACUGGAUGGGAUUUUCAUUUUGCUAUGUAUUGUUUACAUGUUGCCUCCCUGUUGGUGUUUUGCAUGCCCAACUUUCUGUAAAGAUAUUAAGGAUACAAGAUUCCUCAAUCCACAGCAUGUCAGCUCCAGUAAAUGUUGAGUCUGCCCACAGCAUGAAAAAAACAUGCCAUGACUAACUCAUAUUGAAUUUGACUGCAGCAUUGCCUAUUAUUGACAACAAUGUCAACUCAUUGUUGCACCUGUGGAUGAGAUCCACUGUUUUCAAAGUUCACACCAGCUGAUUGACUUGUCAGCCUUGGAUUUGAGGUCAAAGGGGUACUACCUGGGGGCCUGACUUGGGCCUGUCCUGUCCUGCAUAGAGAUGGGUCUGUGCGGAAGCAGAGUGUCUCUCAUUAUCCCAUCAAUCAUUUUAAAUAAGACCAUUUACUUUCAGGGAGACCAGACCUCAAAUAACCUGCAGCAUCUGUGUUUUGUUUCUCCUCCAGCUGUUUCUUGCUUUGUUUUCUGUAGAAUGACAUUAUAUAUUUUGUUUCCAAGGCAAAAGUCUGUACCUAGUAAGAUAUUAAGCUAUUAAACUAACACCUAAGAAUUUCCUUGUUCUUUUUAUCAUAGUGGGCUUUUUUUUUUUUUAAUUAUCAACAUCAGUCUCUUUGCAUUUGCCACAAAGGAGGUUAAAACAGAUCCCACUUGCAAUAUGCUCUGUACUAUCCCUCUGUCUACCCUCUGUCUCUCUGGGUGGCUUUGUCUGGAGGCCUUUGAGUCUCUCUUUACCCUCUAAUUUUCCUGGGUCACUCAGAGCACUCCCCUGCCCUCUCCCACACAAAUUGGCAUCACAUCAAUUUAUUAUCAAGUUAUAGGACAGAGGACAAAUGCAGGGAACAGUGGCACAUUUGUGUGUCUUCAGUAGAAUACAGUUAUAUCUGCAGUUGUGUUAGCAGAGCUUCAGCCCGGAUCACAAAAAAAGCUGUUAAAGUCAAACUACAGGGGAGUAAAAGCAGUUUCUCUUCUGGGGAGAAAAAUACCCAGAAUACUCCAGUAAACAAGUGAGAAGAAUUAUGAAAAAAUUAUAGGUACUAUUUUUAAACUCAGUAGCAGCUCAGUUUGCCUCUUUUUUCCGAUUUUACUCAGAACUGCAUUCAAUCACCACAGCACGGGGUUACAGCUUGAAUGAGAAUGAGAGCAGCAAAUGAGAAACCAGGUCCAGGUUAACAAGACUUCUAGUGAUAUUCAAAAUAGCUGUCUUAAUUAUUAGUAUUGCUUAAACAGUGUGCAAAACAAGGAAUCAUACGAACCAGCGCUUGGUUAAAUGUUUUAUGUUUCACAUUUCCAUCCACCACAAAUGAAUUAAUAAACAGCAGUGAUAUUUUACAUAUCAGCCUCACACCCACAUACAUGAGGGGAUUGGGGGUUUUUCAGCUGAAAUAUUCAUUUUUAGUCCAAGUUGGAAUUUUUGCACAUUUCUAAGCUGCAAUUUUCUGUUCUAAAACUCAAGCUUUAGUCGAGCUAUUUGCAGAUAAUUGAUGUCUUGAGAAUUUUUUUAAAAGUGGUGUCACCCUCUUAUAAUCCUUACUUUGCCCUCCCUGUCAUUCCUAACCAUUUUAUUUGAACCCACUCACUUCCUAGUUUGCUCUCUCUUUACCUCACUCCCUGGGCGAAGCGAUCCAGAGGAGCUCAAAAUCAUGGAUGAUCCAAAGGGAGUGAUGGUUACUGUACUCUGUGAUUUAUAUCCUCCUCCUUCCCUGUACCGUUUCCUUCUCCUCCUAUUUCCCCAGCCCCUCAGCCCUCCCUCGGUCUCUCCUUCUCCACCACUCCAGCUGUCUCUGAGUUCCCUUUUAAUCGCACAUUUUGUAUGUUCUGUCUUCAUGCGCCCUCUACUACUGUUACCUCCCAUCAGAUAAAUACAAUGACAAAGAUGCCUUAUCACCCAGUUUAUGUUUCACUCUCAUAAGGCCACCUAAACAGAUGGUGCAGUACCAGAUAUCAUCACAACAAGGUAGAUGAGAAAUACCUCUGGAUAUGUGCAUGAAGAGUGGAGUAAGAAUGUCUGGCCCUUCCUCUGGUUAAUACUACACCGGUCAAUGUAGUGGAGCUCAUAACUCAGGUCCAGCACAGCAGCCAUAGAAUACAAAGCAGGGGAGCAGCAACCAGCUGAAUAAUGACACCUAUGAGUGUGUGUGUGUGUGUGAGUGUGUAGUUGUGCUUGUGUGUCAGGGCGAUUGGGGGUUUAUUGCUGGUCACAUUUUAACCCUCUCUUCCUGUUCUCUGGCAGUUUCAUUACCUCUGUAUGCGAUGGAAAGAGCAACUAGGAGUGAAAGACAUGCGGGCAGUCGCAGUGGUCAGCAGACAAACCCACCACCAUACACCACCUCUACAUAGGUAGACAGCAAAAAAGGGGGGUCUAAAAACAAGAUAAAAACACUAAAUCUGAGGGGAAAGGUAAUAAGAACAAGUUAAAUUAUCUGUCCAUGCAGCAAGAUAAUUUCACUUGAUAAGAUUUCUUGAAUUAAGAUUGCUAAAUCUAGAAAUAAGCAUGUCUACAAAUGUACUUUGAAGGCUUAAAGUAAGCUAACAAUGCUGGUUUUAAGAGUAGAUUACUUAAAAUUUAACUUUUAAAGCCCUAAAAAUAAGUGAAAUAUACUUAAUAUAAGCAUAAAAUAAGUAUAAAAUGUUGGUUUUAAGAUCAGAUUACUUGAAAUUUAACUUUUACAGCCCUAAUAUAAGUGAAAUAGACUAAAUAUAAGUGUAAAGUAAGGAGAAAAUGCUGGUUUUAAGAUCUGAUUAUUUGAAAUUUAACUUUUACAGCCCUAAUGUAAGUGAAAUGGACUAAAUAUAAGUAUAAGCUCAGGAGAAAUGCUGGUUUUAAGAUGAGAUAACUUAAAAAGUGUCUCUUUUACAGCCUCAAAAUAAGUGAAAUAUACUAAAUAUAAGCAACUACAUAUUUUGUUUUCUUACUUUGAGCUUAGAGAUUAGUUCAACAAAAAAAAGAAAUUUAGAGAAAAAUACCCAGUAUUUGUAAAGAAUGACCAAACUCUGUCUCAAUGCAAGCAGGCUUAUCUUGAAACAAGGCUUACUUCAUCUUAAAACAAGAAGGGAGACUUUGGGAGAAAGAUGGAAUUUAACUUAUUUUAACAGUUAUUUUCUUUAUUUUAAGAUUAAAGAUUUACAGUUAAACACUUAAAAUAAGAAAUUAAGUUUUAAAACAAGAGAAAUUAUCUAACACUCCUAAAUCUAAGUUUCUUUGUCUUGGUAAGAACAAAAUAAUUUGCAGUGUACCAACAUUACCAAUGAUUCUUUAUAACUUGCAAAAUCCUCUUUAGAUAGAGAGUCCAGUGGGGACAUAUAUUGUUUCUGCACCAUGAGCAUUUGCUGUAAACACGCCUUAUAAAUCUUAAUCUAUCACAUUUGAUUAGAAAAUAUAUUGAUACAGAUAUCAAAUAAUGUAAUCAUACAUUGCAUAUUUUCAUCAUGUUGAGGAGAACUACUAUAGAUAUUGUAUGUCUUAUCAAUAUCAACUCUUUCGUACCCCAGAACAUCACUGAGAACCUGGGCUCUAUUGUGAAAAGAAAAGCAAAUGCAGACGUGUGCUAAGCCUGCAUUCCUUUAAAUAACCAGCAGGGGGCAAUUUCACCAGCUGCUAAAACGCUUCAUAUUCUGGUUGAAUGAGAAAGAUUUUAAAAAACUAUCUUAUUCCUCUUUCUUGUUUUUAUUUUAUGGGUUUUUUGCCUUUAUUUUAAAAGGACAGCUUGAGAGGGACAGAAAAUGUGGAGAGAGAAAGGAGGGUGAUAUGCAAAUCAUGCAGAGACUGGGAAUCAAUCCUACAACCAGUGUGAUGACAACUACAGCCUCGGUAGAUAGAGAGCCUGCCAUAUGAACAGAGCCAGACUGAACCCCCAUGACAUCGCUUUAACCAUUUUUUAUUCUCAGUAAAAAUGUGCCGAUUGAGUUUAUGGUCAUAUGGUUUUAGUCUUCUCUGAUUCAGCAUGAUGCUUAGUUUUUCUAUACAAAGUGACUGUAGCCCUCUACAUUUUAGUAGUGAAGCAGAUAUGGACAUCUAAAUAAAAAAGGAAAUAAUACCAGGCACGUGACAGUCAAAAGGUAAAACUCUUGGCUUCAAAUUGAUAUUCCUCAAAUUCAUUUCUUACUUACACUCAUGGUCAAUGCACAUUAGAGUAUUAAAGGUGGGGUUGGUAGGAUCCAAGGAAGUACCAGUUUUUGGGAAAAAUCUUGAAUGUAAACUCUACCCCUCCCAACCAGUUUUCCCCUCAGCUCCUCCUCUCCCCUCCCUCUCUGCUCCCACAAACAGAUGCUCGUCUUUGCUCGUAUACUUCAGAUAAUUACAAAUGGAACCCAGUCAAUGUGAAAGUAAAAAGCAUUGGUGCUACUGUAGAUGCCAACAGACUACCAGCAAAAACAAUGUUUGCAGGACUUCUACAACUAGGAUUAAGUGACAUAGUCCAGGACCAGAGGUAAACAGUUUAGCGGUGCUACAACACGCAGCAGGUCCCGCUUGACAAGAAACACUUCUGUCACAGACACUUGGCUUACUUUGUUAAAGCGGUUUACCUGUCCAGCAGAAAGGAUACAGGGUCCGUAGGAUCCCGAAGCGUCCCCUAACAUUUUAUGUUGACCCGGCUUUUUAGCUCUUGUCCGGUCUACCUCCUUUUUAAGCGCCCGUUAUUCUGCCAGUGUCUCCGGUAUUUACUUUGGUCUCUUAUUAGUGUCGGCAGUCGUGGCCAAAGGAGGAUUCAGACAAUUUUCUGUACUUUCUGGUUGGUUUCUACUGUCCGAUAUUGUAGCAUGCUAAGGGGAGGCGGAGAAUGGCUUUGUUUACAGUCGAAAAGAGCGGGCCGCUCAAAAAUUUUAAAAUGUUGACUACACAGACAUAAGAGAAGAUAGCGAUAUCAUGAUAUUCCUAAAUGUCAUCAAUAACUAAAAGCUAUUGAGUGAUAUUAAAAGCUUUUUUUUGUAUAUACACCACAAAAAAAGAUGCUUCUGUAACAGAUUCCUGCCUACCCCACCUUUAAACUGAGUAUUACUCCACAGCUGAAAAUAACCCCCACAAUUAAACUCUGUUCUCCUGUUUGAGUGACAUUUGAUAAAAACUACAGCACCCAGAUGGUUUUUGGAAACUUAACUGUAGUUCAUUGAAAAAUGAGAUUAAAGCAUUACAACAUCUUUCUCGAUAUGAUCUUGGCUCUUCUUGUCACAGACAGGGCAGUGGAAAACUGGUGAGAGAUGACCUCAUCCUUUUAUUAUUACAUUUAUCUGACAUCAUUGUGCUCAUGUCACUGACUUCCCAUGGAUCAUUUUUUUAUGUAAUAUGAGAUAAUAUAAUAAUUAUAUAACAAAACUAAACAGGGAAUGAGGAAAUCUUAGCCUCUGUCUGGAACAAGUGCCUGUUGUCCUCAUGUCCUCCACAGCUGUGCCAGAUCUGCAGGUGUGUCUGAGAACCUUCUGGGAAUCCCUGCUCCUUCUUUAUCUAUGUUUUCAUUUCUACACCCACCUCGCCUUCAUGGCUAUGUUUAUGUCUCCCUUGUUAUAUUUCUUAUGAACAAAGCAUGCAUGCUCUGAACCAAACAUCCUCAUUAUGCAGAUACACUGUGGUCGUUUUCAAACCCAGCUGGGCGUAAAGUGAAAACCCUGUUACUUCUCAUGGCUCGGUGGUUUGAAUGCUCACUUUGUACUGCUACUAAGGUUAAAACAAAGGCAGAGCAGCUUCUUCUUUCACUCUGCUUCUUUGUGCAACAAGUGAGAGGGUGAGCCCAGGACAUGAGAUGACAUAAUACUCACGGUGUGGUCAUGGUAUUUUGUUUUCCAGUAAGUGUGUGCGUCUGUUAAUGUCAGAGUUAGGGUUCGGUCAGCCUACUGGGAGUCAUAUUUUACGUUUAGUUGGCUGUAUGUGUCUACAGUCAAAGUCAUGAUUGGAUGACCUGUUGUUUUUGCGGUCUCAUCAGUCAGAGUUGGUACAGCACUCUCUGGUGGAGUGAGUAGAAUUUAUGAAUGUUUAAAAAAAAAAGGGGGAGCUUAUCUGUGCGAUCUGUCCUCAGUGGGAUGAGGUUGGUGUCUGUUCUAGUAAAAGUGAUCUAUAACUUUGAAUUUACGAGGUCUGCUUGUGCGAAUGACUCAGCAGUAUGAGGCAGUAUAUUAACUCUCACCGCCGAGAAGGUGUGGUGGCUCGCGUUGUCCUCAAGAGCCGCUGGCCACAACUAAGUCUGAUUCGGCUCGGUAUAAAGGGAUGUUACACCAAUUUCACUUUGGUUUACUCACCAUGAAAAGCUCGUACCUGUCCAAACUCUCCUCUGUGGGACAGUGGAUUGGCCGAACAGUUAAGCCCCUGGUGUAUAAAUAACCUUUGAAGCAAAUGGCUGAGGUUGGAUUCCAACCUGUUGUCUCUCCUCUGUCCUCCAGUGACCUUCUCUAUAAACUGAUCAGUCAUCUCAGUAAGCCCCAAAACAAACUUAACAAGAUCAGAAAAUACUCUUUUGUGUCUUUUGAGGAGGUUUAUGAAGUUUACUUUAAAGUCAUUGUCAUAUAUCUUAUGGUCUGAAAUGCUCCCCUUCUCACCCUUCCUAUCAGUGAAACAACGGUGGCCUCCAAGGACAAAAAGCUCAUAUGGUGCAUAACAACUACAAGCAUAGUAUUGUUUUUGUCCUGAAUACAAGCCAGUAAUGCACUAAAACUGACCAAUAGCCCUUCAAUAGCUGUUCUCAAAUGCAUUAUAAAAAAUUUGUAUCAUUUUGAUUAUCUAAGAGACUAUAAUUGAACACUCUGCUGUUGAAAUGAGUAAUAAGAAAGUGAUCAAGCUGUUCAUUAACUUUUAUUUGGCAAAGCUGAAGAGAGACUUGAAAUGUGGGGUAAGGAUAAUGGGGAAAGACGUGCAUCAAAGGAUGAAGGCAAAUUAAAGACUAAUGCAGAGGGUAAUGAAAGGUCUUAGCUUCUUACACACAAACUGAACUAAGCUAAUGAGUGCUUUUUCUUUCUUUUUCUCUCUUUUAUUUUAUGAUUUCUUUUCAGGGAUGUUUGCUAGAUCUCUUUAGUCUGGCUUGUAUGAUCUAUUCUCCUUAUCAAUGAUUAAAUAAUGUGUUUUUUCUGUCUUUUAAAAUGCUAUUUUCUCUCUUUGCAGUUUAUUCAUUUUCUUUCAGCUGACGCUCUCAGAUUUAAACAGAAAAGUGAUUCCAGCGAAACCUGGCUGUAAUCCACACGACGAGGUGUAGAUCAGUUAAAAAAAAAAAAGGAAGGACGUGUCAAAUCAUUAUCGUUAAAAUGAAUGGACUUCUUUGGCCUUUGACUUUUUAACAAGCCUGAUUUUUUCUUGGCUGCCUGGACUGGGAUUGUUCUCUGACAGGCAAACAGCUGAUUUAUGAUAUUUUGAUACACAGGAAAGCUAUAAAACAUCUAAAAAUCCCUUUAAAGGCUGCAACACUCUGUUGAAUAUUGUUUUAAGAGUGUUAUUUUGCGAUCAGCUGCUCUGUAGUUGCAGUUUCUCCACAAUCCCUUUAUAGUCAAAAGGAGAAAGUUUCGUGAAUCCGCAUUAGCAUGAAGUUAGCAUACGCUACUUUGUUUGUAUUGUCAUGCAUUGUGUUCUGCGCUCGUGCGGUGGAAUUGUGUGUUGUGUGGACUGAAUCAAAGGCAUUUGAAGCCCCUCUCUCCCCUCUGGCCUCUCCCCAAAGACCAGAUGGUGUCUCUUUAGGUUGUCUAAUGAAUAUUGAUAUGAGGGGUCCUGGUUAACAACAGGGGGCUGCACAGGCUGGACCAGAGAGCCUAAAAUUGGUUUUUGGUGAAGGUCUGUGUUUGAGGGGCUGAGCAGCAUAGUAGAAGAAAAGAAGGGUUUGGGACUUGUAGGACCAAACGACUGCAGAAUGAAGUGUUACAGAACAUAAAUCCCAUAUCUGUCAACUGCUUUGCACAAACAAAUCCAGAUUUGUGUGUCAUUGAGUGAUAAAAUACAGUAGGAGAAUGAAGUUUUUGUUGUUUGGUGGCAUGUAAACUUAAAGAGGAUGGUGUCAGAUGUCAAUAUUUAAAGUCUGAAAUUAGAUUAGGAGGCUAACGCAGGAUAAACGAGAGUCAGGUGCGAGGAAGAGUAAAGUAAAGACAGGUUAAGCUACUGGUGGAAUUAAUCCUCUGGCAUGGUUCCCAUGGUCAAAGCUGCUCUCCUCAGCUCAUUCCAGGUCCCGUGCCACCUCAGGCUGAACCCUCGCCAGCACCUGACCCUGGGCAUCAGGUUAGAAAAUUUCUAACUGAAGGAGCUUAAUAACCCCACCAGUUUCUGAAGCUUUAGAAGUUAUGAGUUUGUUUGAAGGGAGGGUGGGUGUGUGGAUGAAGUUAAUUGUGUUACCCUCUAGCAUGUCCCUCCAGCUGGUCUGGGUGUAUGCACCAGCUGUACCCCCCGCUGUGCCACUUUACUGGGAAUAAACAUCCAUUCAGAGGACCAAAGUGCUGCAUCUCUAGCAGGGAAAUAAUCCUGAUCACAGCACUGGGUGUUUGUUUAGCAGGGAGUCAGCCUUUUCAGCGUUCUCUCUUUUUUUUUCUUCUCAUAGCCGUGUCAUAUUUCAUACUCUCUGCAGUUUGUCAGGAAACAUUAGUAGGCACGCAGCAACUCAUCCGCAUACAGAGCUCUGAUCAUGAACCUAGGCUGUGUCAGCUAUAAAUAACCCAAACAAGACCUCGGUGGCUAUAAGGCACCGGGGCAGACAGGAAGGGAAAGGCGGUGAAACUGAAAGAUGAGAGACAGAAGGGAGGACCAUGACGAAGAGGAGGGCAAGACGUUUUAGUACAUCAUCAUAGUUAUUCAGUUUGUUAGGUUGAGGACACAACCUUAACUGUCAAUCGUAGUCCCUGUGGUCCUUAGUUAAUGAGACAAAGCGCCAGACUGAUACAUGAUGCUGAAGGCUUUCAUCAGGGAGGGGACAAUGACAACAAGAAUUAUCUAACCCUAAAGUCAACUAAAAAUGAUUUUGCUGCUCUAUCUUUUAUUAUAGCUACGUGUAAUUGGAACUUCUGAUAUAAACAAAAAAAGAAGAAGAAGAAGGAGAGGAAGAAAUGCCACUAUUUUGCACACUGACCCACUGAAACAGUUUCAUGACCAAAACUUCAGAGUUAAUUUUAUUUAAGGUGAAGUUUAGUCAUUUUAUUUUUAAAAAUGAACAUGACUGUUUACUCAACCAAAAACACGAGUAUUUGUUUGACAACUGGAUAGAGCAAAGAGAGAAUGACAGAGACAAUCAAACAGAGAGACAGAUGAGGACAGGGACAAAGGAAAGGAACAUUCAGAUUUAUUUCAGCAAUGAAGUAUGGAUGUACAGUAAUUCAUAAUCACCAUCACUGCUUUUUAAACCUAAAUUAAUAAUAACAUUUUUCCAAUUUAAAUGCAAUCCGCAUGCAUCACAUGGAGCCUCAUUUACUCAAAUUGGCCUUAAAACCACUAAAUACUGUGAUGUGAAGACAUGAUACAAAAACCUUUGAUUGUAAGCUUGCUGUACUUUUCUGUGAUUUAUCAAUGACAUAUAGAGACACUGCAGCAAACUCAAUUUUGUUGUACCAGGGAAAACACACAAUGUAGUCACCUUCAGGUGGAUAGUUGUGUGUGAUGAGUUAGAUCCAGAGGGUGGCUUUGGAGGCCUGGGCCUCACUUUGAAUCUAAUAAGCAACCCCAGGUGCCACCUCAAUAACUAUAAAAAGUCCCCAUAUUCGUCAUUCCAACUCAGCCUAAUUUUGAGUCCACCUCCCAGAGACGGGCCUCAAGCAAAUAGCUACAGUGAGUGAACCUGCCUACGAGUGAAGUUUCUGAAAUGCCGAAUUAUUAUUUUUAUAUCUCCAAAACAAAUGUGUUACAAAAAUCCAUUCCCUUUUUCGAAUCAGACUUUGAAUGUUUAUAUUUUUGCUAUAAAACUGGCUUUAUUGGCUCGGUGUGUACAUGGUUCCCAUGCUUCUGUAGCCAGCCUCUGAGAACUGCAGUUUUCCUGUCAGGACCAGAGGUUUGAGCUUGGUCCAAACUCAGUUUAAACCCAUUUACCCCCAAAGAAAGUGUUCUCUACCCUGUGGGUUAAAGACACAAGACUUAAGAGAUAGGAAACGUUCCCGGUAUGCUAAACUACGCUUAUAUAUUUAGGAUUAUGCCUGUCAUGUCUUACUUUGAUAGAUCAAUUUACAGCCGUGAAAAAUAUAUAUAAGUACAGAAAUUCUGUCACUAGUGUGUGUGCAUUCACACAAUCACACGUGUCUGUCUGUCUGUAUUGACUGAAGUGGGCGUCUGAGCCCCCUGCAAGCAUAACUUGACAGCCAUCCUGCGUAUGUGUGUGUGUGUGUGUGUGUGUGUGUGUGUGUGUGUGUGUGGGGGGGGGGGGGUUGACAAAAGAGGCAGAAUUGCAAUUGAGAGCCUGCGUAAGCUACAGAGCAAAAAAAGAGUAAGAGAAAGAGCGGAUGGGGGAGGGAGGAAGGUAUCAGACUCAGGGAUAAGGCAGCUGGGACAUGCUGCCUGGCUGAGAGCAGAUCUCAUUGUGCACUUGUCCUUCCUAAGUCACUCAGACGCUCUGCAGAGAGAGGAGAGAGCCUCUCACUCUGACACCAGGCCAUCUCUGGGUACUCACAGAUGGGCUGUCAAGGCUUUAAGGGGAACUGGAUCUUUUCCGUCAAUCAUACUGAGUUGUUAACAAAAAAGGACUUGUUGGACUCUGUUUGGCUUUACCUCUUUUUUUCUGGAUUUUUUAAAUCUGCUAUGGCACUCGCAUAGGCAUGGUGGUCUACUUUAGGAAGAGCAUCCACUCUCUGCUGUCUGUCUUCAAAAAGAAGGGUGAGUGCUGAGUCACAUCCAGGCUGUAGUUUUGACUUUAAGCUGCUGACAGAAGUGAUUUAUGAUGUACAGCACAGUAAUACUCUAACUUACAAUAAUUAAGAUGACAUAUUCCUAUGCAUCAUAUACCCUAAAAAGCUUGAGGAGCAGUGCUGAGGGUGCAAGGGAAUGGAUCUGUGAAAGGUGUGAUGAUAUUUGUAGAUUUAUGUUGCUAUCAUUUCGCUCCAUCUCUCACAUACAAACAGUCGCACUGGCAUGCAAGAGUUAGCAUUAAGACAAUAUGGGGGUCCUCUCUAAUGAGAUAAAAAGCUUAACUGACUUUUUCAGUGAUCAACUAAAUUGACCAAAUGCACUAAACCUCCUGCAGGGGUCUGGCGGCAUUAAGAGCUGCUUUUACAAUUAAUCGCAACUGGUAAUUACAGCACAACACAGUAAAAGUGGAAAUAACCACUUUUCUGUGGCUGUUUUUGUGAAGAAGUCAGUUUUUAUUCCUGAGAUUGAAUCAGUCACUCCUAGAGAUUUCCCACAGCUGCACACAGGGGAGGGUAUUGUGUCUGGACUGCCUCACCUGUGUGAAGGCGGAGAGAAAAGGGGAGGAGUGUAUGUUCUGCCACACAAAAACACACAAACAUGUACAGUGUGUACAUCCAGAGGCACACAGUGUUACCUAACCAGGUGAGACUGAGACCUGCAGUGUGGGAAAUGACAAAAGAGGGAAAGUGAACACCUGGUAUUCAACUUCAAUUCUGAUAUAAAAGACAAUAGGGCUUAUGUAACCUACAUAAACAGCAAGAAAACAGGCUUGACUCUUAUCACACAAUGAGAAAAUAAAACCUCCAAGAAUCACAAAACUGUUCUUAUUAAACUUUCACAAAUAUCCUUUGUCUUUCUUUCUUUCAAAUUUAUUUUUAUUGAGUUUUCCUUGAAUGUAUUUCAACAGCUAAUGACAGGGCACAAGGGUUCACUUCAACACCUAAAAGAAAAAAUAAUAAUGAUAUUAAUAAUAAAUAAAUACAUAAAUAAAUAGAUUUGAUGAAUUAAUCUGUAAAUAUGAAAGUAAAAACAAUGCCAAGAUCAUAGAGAUAUCAGAUCAUACCAAAACAAUGCAAAUUAUAUGGAAUAAAAUUACCAUAUAAAGAGAAUAGAAGGUGGGAAAAAAUGAAAAUAAAGUAAAACAAACAUAAAAUUCUUAUUUGUCGACUUAUCUUUCCAACAUUUGUAUUCAGAAUCGCGUAUCUUUUCAUGCCUCCAUUCAAAAUCAUCACUUAACCAAACCUAGCUGGAUGGAUGCACCGUUGACCCUGCAUGCAGAGGAGCUUAAAGCAUUUUGUAAUGACUCCAGAUCAACAGGUGAUCUGUUUUAUAUCCAAACCUCAAUUUCCUGCUCAGUCUUUGUCCUUCGAAAAUGAGUGAAGCCAUCAAAGAGAGAGCUGUGUCCAGAUCUCACACGGGAACCCCUUUAGAGGGUCAAGUGGCAUCUUUAAAUGUAGGCAAUCCAGAUAAUCUAAUCCGUCAUGAACUAAGCAGGUCGAGAGAUACUGCAGGAGAUUAACCGGGCAAUUUACUGGUCUAAUUUACUGUUGAGAGCCUGGUCAGACUGGGACGUCUGCUCGGCUGAGGAGAUUUGAAGAGGGUGCUGCGUCACAGCAGGUGGAGGUGCAGAGGAUUCACUGUAAAGCUGAUAAAUGAUUUGACCAGUGAACACCUGUUGAGUCUGUUUACCUUUGCGUUAAUGUUUUUAACCUUCCUAGAAAGUACCUGUGGAUACACUAUGCAAAUUGAGUUUACGCUACUUGGAAAAUCAGAUGUGUUUUGGAAUAAAGCUUGCUCUUUCUGGCCCAAGGGAAGAGUCAUGAAAUAUUUACUAGAGAUGAGGGGGGAUGAGUUAUUAGCAACCAUUAACAUGACAUUCAAGUUUUUGGUACCUAUCACAGCCUGUUCACUCUGAAAUCUCAGUAUCUUAGUCCACCAUGUUGUUAAAGUAUUCUGGGGCAACUUAUUUCCAUAUUGUUUCAACUGAAAUUUAAAUUCCACUAACGAAUUGUAAAGUCUAAAGGUUAAAAAAAAAAACUCUGGAAAGGGUCAAAAUUGAGCGUCUUUGAUCUUUAAUGGCUAAACACCAGGAUCAGAGUCUGCAGGUGAACAAUGUCAUAUUGGUGGCUGAUGUUAGCCCAGCCUUCAGUCUUCCUUGCAGGUUAACAUUCACAUGCCUGGGCUGGUUAUUUAUGUUUGUAGGCAACCAAAACAAGCAUAUCUCUAUAUGUCUUUAAACCAAUGUACUUCCAAACCCAAUAAUUCUCUGAGCUGUCAUCUGUGCCUGUUCAUAUAUAGGUUUGGAGCAUCGGAACAUGAAUUAGAGCUAAAAUCAAGGACAUGAAAAUAUGAAUUUUUAAUUUAACCAAUUAGUAAUUCUGCUGACAACGAGCAAGGGUGACAGUGUUUUAUCAUUUAGGUGACUGAAGAUGCACAUCCAUAUUCUGGAGCUAAACUGUUGAAAAGGCGUUUUCAUUAAUGCCAAAUUAAUUGCUCCUGUUUUCUCUAUCCUUCUCCACAAUUUAACAGCUGGCCCGAAGACUAAUGAGGACCAAAAGAGGUUGACCGUCCACUACACGACCUCUCAGCACUACCAGGAGAAUGUUUUCAUCGAGGGCAGCAGGCCACAGUUCCUGGAGGACCUGCACACAGAGGCCCAGGAAGGCCUCAAGAUACUACAGCAGGAAGGUAAGACAAAUAUGACAGCUGGUUAGUCAAAAGCUUUAAGGAUGUAGACCCAUCUAAAACAAAAUGAGGUUCAGCUAUAACAUCAAAUUUAAAGCCCCUGGUUUUGAAACAGAUGAAACUUAGUGACUAUGUGUAUGCCUAUAUAGAAAUUUAAAGCAUGCUAAAGAAACUUCCUCUUUUAAGUCCUUUUCCACAGCAGAUACUCCAAAUGAAGUUUACUGUUAAAAUUAAGAAGAAUCAAAUCUUAAAUUAGACAAUACAACAUUUAUAUAUACAAGACGAAAUCAGUGAAGUUGCAAGUCUAAGUCCACAGGAGGCACCAAAACACAAACAGAAAUCUCCUCAAAGGAGCUUUAAAAAUCUCCAGGGUAGGAAAUUAAAACUGUUUGUCUGAUAAACUCCUCUAUAAAAAGCUGAAGCAUUCACUUCUGAUAGUGUAACUGACAAGCGAUAAAUAGUUAUGAACGGAGGUUAAAUUGUUUUUCUGUUCUUUGUCUGUUUGCUUCAUUCAGAACACCAAAAUGGACUGAACUUCCCUGACAAUGAGAGCAUUGCUGUAAGUGCCCCAAAAUGUUCUGUAGAUGUUUCUCCUUCCACAUCCUACACACUCAAUGUUAACACUGAGGGCAAAUAAAUACUCGUGUGUCUUUGUGUGUGUGUGUGUAUAUCUAUUGCAGUCCACAGACACUCUGCGACCAGAGCAGGAUGUCAGCUCCAAGGACGGAGGUCUCUCUGUGGAGUUAAGAUCCACCACAGGAAGCACUGAUACCACAAUAACCUCUGCUGUGUCGACAAGGCCUGUGCUCACCCGCCAAGGUAAACUCCAGCCCUGACUGUUUGUGCUUAUUCAAAGAGAAACAUAGAAAGGACGCAUCCACACUGCCUUAUGUUGGUGGAAAUAGAAGCUAAUCUUGGUGCAAGCGGUUGGAGCUUCUUGAAUUUACUGCGUCACAAAGAGUCAUAGACGGGUACUUAUUUAGCAUGCUUGUCUCAGUCUCAGCUGCUUGGUGUCUCUGCAGUUACGGUUUGAAAUCAAAGGAGAAGGAACAACACACAUACACACACACGUAGACACACACAUUUGAAGCUUUUUUUGGUAACUCAAAGCUUGAAUAUAACUGAAGACAGAACUGCUCUGCCUCUGCAUAUCACAGCUGGAAGGUAAAAUAUGCCUGUGUGUGUGUGAAGAAAGAGAGAUUGAUAUUCCAUCCAUGUUUCUGGCCUCUGUCUUUUGAAAAAGUCAUUUUUCCUGAUUUAACUUCACUGGUUAAUGGUGCUUGUGUUCAAGCUCCUGGUCUUUAUGAAGAUUGAUAAUUGCAUCCAAAAAAAGAGUCAUUUUUGCAGCUCCAAAAGACUAUUUUUCUUUCCUGUCAGGUUCAACGUUUAAGCCUCUGAAUCCAGUAAAAAGACUCGAUAGAAGCAAGAAAAGGAGCAGGAGAACCACUAUCAUGGGUAUUCCCAACCAGGUCCAGAGAGAACUUGGUAUGUCCCCGUCACUUCCCUCACUAAUCCUGUAGAAACCUUGUAUCAGUGGAUGUGAACAUGACAGCGAUCUGCUCUCCUCCCAGCAUUGCACAGAACCUCCACCUUCCAGCAGCUUGUUUCCACUCAACCUCUUGAUCAGGAUGGUAAGAUGAGUCACAGCCAAUCAGGUGUCGUUAUCGUUCCUACAGUUGAUGGAGGGACCCCAGUGGCAAAUAAAGAAGGAGCAAGGGUGCAUCUUUCAGACCUGGAGGUAAAGGGUUCUUCACAAAGAAAUUAUCUACAUAAAUGAGUUCUACUUUGGUCAAUUUUUAUCACUUUUUCAUUGAUCCUCUCUCUACUUCAAACAGGCUGCAUCCAGAGAUGAACAGCUGCUGACAAAGCACCUCCAGGCAAUGAAUCAAGGAGAGCACCCGUUCAACCACCAGAGUUUUAGCUCUUAUCUUGGUCCAACCUCAAAUCUGAGACCAAAGUCCCUUGCAGUGCCAGGCAUGACCACUUCUUUGACCUUCUCUUCUUCAUCAAUGCUUAGCUUUCUCCAGGAACCCCUGGUAAGAACAAAAUCAUUUAGUCAAGGAAAAAGGCUUUCAAGUUCAAAAACUCUUAAGUAUGCUGCCUGUUACAGCUCUGUUCAGGUUUCAUCCUAAGAUUGAGUGCUAUACCAUAAAAAAAAAAAAGGUUAAUUUGUAACUGAAGUUGUUUCACUGUUUGGUCAAGUAGUGGAAAGCACCUUUCUUAACUCUCAUGCCUGUAGCAUAGCUUACACAAAAUAGCUGGUAAAGCCCUCUGCUUCUCCCCAUCCAACAAGUAUUUUGUGUUUUGAAAUGGUGCAGGUGUUAUAGCUGGGUGUUAUAUUUUAAAUGCAUCAUAUGUUUGCAUAAAAACGAUCUCAGCUGGUUCAGCUCUGUAAACUGUCUUAUAUUAGAAAUCAUGUUUCCAUUAGGCUUUAUUUGAAAUUCCACACAGCUGGUGCAACCCAGAGCGAAUUUCUUAUCCUUUAAAAUCCCCUUUUUUUCCACCCUAGGGCCCAGUGAUGUCAAUUUCUCCCCAGGCCACCUACUUGUCUACAAUCAUCCCAAAUGCGGUCUUGCCAGCCUCGAUUGAAGUUAUAGAGAUAGACCGCAGCAGCAGCCGAGCACGUGGGAGCAGUGUAAACCAUGGCGGUAGUGUCCGCACUGUGAGCAAAAGCAGCUUGGCAUCUGGAGACUCAGCUGUCAGCCCUUUGUUGUCCAGAAGAUCAGAUGGUGAUGAUUCCCAGGCGGACAACUUUCAAAAAGACUCCACGAAUAUGCCAACAUCAGCUUCAGGCUCAAACUGGACCGAGUCACAGUCUUCAAAGACCAUUAUUUCACAGUCCUCCCCUUCAUCCUCCAAGAGUAGCACGCAUGGUGCUAACUCUCAGAAAGUGGAACUGAAUGGGCAGGAAAGUCCGGUAGAGCACGCAAGUGAGGACCAUGACCAUGUCAGCCUCCGUAGCUCAGUUAGCAUGAUUAGCAGUAGAAGUGAAAAUGUUUUUGCAGGUCAAGGAUGCGAAUCUGGUUUGUCGGGGUCAGUAUCAGCUGGGGAUGAAGGAAAGAACAAACAGAAUUUUACUCGUAGCCUAUCUGUCAUGAAGACCAAGCAACCCCCUGCACCUCCAAGGAGAACAAACUCUCUGCAUAAUAACAGGAUCAGAAGCAACCAUAGGGCUCUGGUAGAUAGUAAGGUUCUCAAUGAAUCUAUGUCUGGAGAGAUGGCAAAUGAUACAGAAAAACCUGCAACAAAAAAUGACACAAAGUCAGUUAAUGCAGAUAGUAGCAGGACCCCCAUCCCUGUAUCAAACUCCACUGAUCCUGUCUCUGUAAUUGCUCCAACCAAUCCCUUGAGCACCACACAGGUCUCUUCCACUGAGGUAGGAAGAGCAACAGACUCCCAGUCAGAAUGCACAAGCUCGUCCCCACAGAAAACUCACUCUGAUGGGGGGAAAUUUGAACGCACCUUGUCUCCUUCCAGUGGCUACUCGAGUCAAAGUGGCACUCCAACUCUUUCCCCAAAAGGGAUCUCCCCAACGUCCCCUGAAAAGCAGAAGACAAAGCCAAUCAAACCAGACAGAUCAGUGUCUCGGGCCUCGUCCUCAGGAGCUUCACCUUCCUCAUCUCUCACCUCUCUUUCAUCUGUUGCGUCUGAGUCUGUCAAUGUACAUGUUUCAGCAAGCAGCCCCAGUCCACCUCCACAGGGAUCUUCAUCUAAAAUUGCUGCAAAAGAGCCUACCCCUAAAAACAGCUCUCCAAGUGUUACAGCUGAAGUCAGAGAGCUGUUGAACAUCCCACCACCCCCUAAAGUCAAAGCACCAUGUCCUCCUCCUCCAGAGACAUGGGUUCACAACAGACGCUCCUUUGAGCUCCUGUGUGGUUCUUGCCCUAAUGUCAACAACGGAACCCAGACACCAGCAGGGAUACAGAACAGCACAGUCAAGCAGGCAGGAACUCAGACUGAAGACAGUAUCGAGAAGCAAGUUUUAGUUGAAGAACAAUCAUCCAUGGAAAAAUCUGGCACAGAAUUGACAGAGAGUCCUGCCAAGCCAGAGACAUUGUUAGAGACGGUACCUGGAAUUGUUCUCAAAGAACUGGAGGAUAGUGAAUGUCGUGGAAUCCAUGAAGAAAGAAUAGAAGUAAGUGCCGACACUCAGAAACCAGAGCAGAGUUGCCCUGUAGUCAAGCUUCCUGAGAGUCGAGAGGUAACUCCAAAGAAAGAUCCACCUCCAGUCAUGAAGAAACCUGUGACAGUGCUGCUCAGAGAGGAACAAACUUUAAAGGAGCCCUCAGUGGAUGAACAACAAAGUCAAUUGAGUAGUAGUGCCACAACAGAAGUUGAUGUUCCUGUUGAGAACAGUAAAAUCUCGUCAUUAGAUCCACUUGAUAAGAGUGGGAGUGAGACAGACAACAGAAAGGUCAUAUCCAAGCAGACACUCUCUGUAGAGGCCCCCAAAAUAAGCAAGACCUCUCCACCACCAACCCCUCCUCCCACAUACCACCCCACACCUCCUCUUUCAAGAAAAACACCCACCCCAUCAGUAUCCAUGACUUCAGAUGAUCUGGACAGGGUACAGGAAGAGAGCCAUGUCAUAGAGUCCUGCUGGCCACCCCCUCCACCUCCAAUGGAAGGGGAUUCAGUCUUUGAUGGGGGAGAUGAGGUUGACUUCCCUCCACCUCCUCCACCCUUAAUGUCAGAGAUUGUGCCAAAAGUGACAGACAGUUGUAUGAUGGUGCUGGAUCUUUCAAAAAGCCAGACUGAGAAAGUCGAAGCACCAAUGGAGGAUUUGAGUGAAGUUGGGACCUCUGUCUAUGACCAGAUUCCACAUGUUCCUCCUGCUCCACUACAAACAGUCACUGACUCUUCACUAGAGGUGGAUGUGCAGGUUUCCAAAUCCAACACCUGUGAUGAAAUUUCUUGUAGGCAAGUACAGAAUACUACAACAACAGACAGUGCCAAACCUGCACCAGUAGAGGUACCCGUAUUGCAACCUGUUACAAAAAUAGAGCACCAAGUGUCUGUCUCUACUUUAGUUCCCUCAAGCAGUUUCCUAAAUCAAGAUUCUCUUAGAACUGAAGAUCAUUUGUCCUUUGGGCCUCCAGUCAGUACCCACCCCCAAGUUACUAUCCCAGUAGCACCCCCAUUACAAGCUGAUAAUUUGACCAAUGGUGUUAAUUUCAGAAGGCAGCCCAGUGUAGCAAAUAGAGACUCCAGGAGCAAGGAACUCCUUUCACGACAUAAAAGUGCACCCAUACCUAAAGAGGAUGCCAACAUACCCCUGGUUACCCCUUCCCUGCUCCAGAUGGUUCGUCUUAGGUCAGUUAACAUGACUGAGGAUCAGGUGAAAGCUCCAUCUGAGGACAAGUCAACAAGCCAGGAAGCUCCAGCUACUGAGAAUUGCCCGAUCUCAAUCCCAGGACCUCACAAUGUUCCACAGAAGCCAAUCCGCAAGUCACUGUCGCUAAAAUCUCCCCCUAAAACAGUUAAAGCAUCUCCUGUGACACUAAACACCCCAACCAUGACACUCAACACCACUUCACUGCGCUUACAGGAAGCCAUACGCAUGAAAACUGCAGCCAUGUCUUCAAGAGAUGGUCUUCCAUCCCGACUGGGAGUGUGGUCUUCAGCUCACAGCUAUGUCAGUGAACAAGGCGCUCUGUCACAGAAAACACUUGAAGGAGGUGACAUGCACAAGUCCCCAGCUUCUACCGCCAGCUUUAUCUUCUCUAGGAGCACAAAGAAGGUUGUAAUUGAGCCUGCAGCAAUCUCCUGCCCUGAAGCUCAAGCAAGUCUGAAGCACAGCUUGGCAGUAGAGCUUAGGCAGAUAACUGACCAGUCAAAGACUGUCACCUUCUCCAAUGGUGGAGUAAAAUCGGACAAAGUACCUCCACCGGUAGCUAAGAAACCAGCCCAUGGGAGCGGGAGUACUACACAGAGUCCCCCUGCCUGCACGGCAAAGAUGGACUUCAGUGUGGGAGGGAACGGAGCCAUAGGAGUACGGAAUGUGAGUGGAUUAACACAACUUGAGACAACAAGUAAGAGCAGAACUUUAUUUGUAAGCAUGAGUUUCUGUCAUUUCUGGAGUCAUGCCACCAUCAGUGUGUUUGAGUGUACUGCAGCUGAGUCAGUGCAUGCAUAAAUCGAUGUUGCCACUCCAUCAUGAAAAAGCAGAAUGCAAGUUCUUACAUUACUGUGAUCUUGACCAACUAAGCAGUUUGAUGGUGCAUUGAAGAGCACAUUUUUUGGCUAAGAGGACAAAACUGCACACACAAGUUAAGCAACAAAAUAGGAAAGCUGCUUAGUUGCUUAAAAUGUCUUCCACACGAGCAUGUUUCUCCAUCAGCCAUAACCUGGAGCUCAUGAUCAUGCCACCCUAGCAGAAUGUGAUUAGGACAGAAAACCCAUCGCAUGUGCUUCUGUAACUGUAUUACAUUGUUGACAUAAUGUCUAACCUCUUUUUUUCUUUUUUACCCUUUAGCUACAAGAGUAACAGCAGACACAAUCGAGACGCUGUUUUGAGAGAGCUCAAUGGUGAGCGGCAAAGGCUUGUGCAGGAAAAAAACAAGCUAGAAGAGGACAACCCACAGCAAGAGCUAUGUCCACUAUCAGAGUGUCAAGUCUUCUCCAAAAGCCUUAGCCUGUAAUGGCCUUCCUACAUAUUUAUGCAAAAAAGUGAUGCUCUGAGUUUCUAAUGAAAGCUUUAUUCUGGAGUAUUUUUCUAAACCUUAAUUCUCUUACAAAAGCCCCUCAGGACAAACUGUGUGCAAUGGCUGAACUGUAAAUAUUUGGCUUGUGAGAUAUCGCCUCCCAGAGGAAGAAGUAGGUAGUGCUUGCUAAAGCUCAGACAAAGGAUGUCUCACCAAGCAUUUCUGUACAGAGAUCAGCUGUUAAAUCCUGUUGUAAUAUAUAUAAUGCACAAUUUUCAAAGGGGUUUAAAUCAACAUUUUACCACUUUCUAUGCCUAAAGAUCUGAUGACAAAGUAUAUGUCACAAAAUUUCAGUCCUGCUUUUCAUUGUGUGGGUAGAGAUCGCUCUGGGUUUGUGUUUGAGAAAAAGGGACGCUGCGUACUCACAAGAACAGGAGGGAUAUUAUCCAUUCAGACAGAGGCACUUUUGUAAAGAUUAAAUUGAAGUAUCAGGUGGCAGUAAUUCCUAAAAUGUCAAUAAGAUGCUUUAUAUAAUCAUGUUCUUUGGUUAAAUAAAGGUCAGCUGAGCAGAUUCUGAAAAUCCUUUUAACACAGGUAUCAUUAUUUAUGUGUGGCUAUUCCCACGUGUAGCGCUGUCAUUUUCUUUCUCCUACCAAAUCUGAAAUAUACAACCAUUUAUUUCAUCUAAAAACACUUUCAGGGCUGUAGGUGUGAAUAUUGGCCCUGUGUGAUUCGUUACACUGGAGUAGACUGUGUAAAAUCAGUUUGUUUAAAACAUUAUUUACCUAAAACUUUUAACUUGGUGGAAAAUCAAGCUCAUCACCUUUUGCACAAAAUGCUUUUGCCCCAGCAAAAUCAUUGUUGGGUGAAUUUUUUUUUGACUCUUUGUAACGGGUCAAAAACCCAACAACUUGAUGAUUAUAAAGAAUUAUGUACAGUUAUUACUUCUAUAAAUAAAAUAUAAGUGUAUUAAAAGUGUUUUUGUGCUUCCUUUUGGGAAAUAAACUACAUACUCAACUCUCA